CCCUGAGCAGAGUCAGCGUUCCCGGCCCGGACGCCUCGGCUGGAGGGACUGCUGUCAGGAGGAAAAACAGAACUACACGGCGCUGGCCUGUAGUUUUGUUUUUUUCUGAGGGCUUCCUGCGCCGCUCAGCUGCUCUUCUGGACUUUCUGACCCGUUUCUGGAUAAAGAUUUUAGAUUUCCUGCACCGCGCCCUGCUGUGGGCCCCCCAGGCAUCCUUGCUCUGACAGGGUGCCGACCACCAUGUCAACACAAGCGCCAACGUUUACUCAGCCGCUGCAGAGCGUCGUGGCACUGGAGGGUAGUGCCGCUUCGUUCGAGGCUCAAGUUAGUGGUUUUCCAGUUCCUGAGGUGAGCUGGUUCCGUGAUGGCCAGGUUCUUUCCGCCGCAGCUCUGCCCGGCGUCCAGAUCUCGUUCAGCGACGGCCGCGCUGUUCUGAGCAUCCCCGCUGUGACCGCCGCACACAGCGGACGCUUUUCUGUCAGAGCCACCAACGGCGCUGGACAAGCCACGAGCACCGCCGAGCUCCUGGUUACAGCCGAGACGGCACCACCGACCUUUAUUCAGAGACUCCAGAGCUCCACGGUGAGGCAGGGCAGCCAGGUGAGGCUGAGCGUCAGAGUCUCGGGCAUCCCCACACCUGUGGUGAAGUUCUACAGGGAGGGAGCCGAGAUCCAGAGCUCCGCCGACUUCCAGAUCCUGCAGGACGGAGACCUGUACAGUCUGCUGAUCGCUGAGGCCUUCCCAGAGGAUUCUGGGGCGUAUUCUGUAACAACCACCAACAGCAGCGGGCGGGCCACAUCCACCUGCGAGCUGCUGGUUCAAGGUGAAGAAGCAGUUCCCAUUAAGAAAACAAAGACGAUCAUGUCCACAUCCCAGAUGGAGAUGUCUGGAACUACAGUGGAGAGGAAAUCCAUGGAGGCCAGUUUCCAGGCCACCACCAUGAUGGAGAUGCACGUUGAAGGAGGAAUCAUGACUCAACACAUUGCUCACAAAACCCCACCGAGGGUCCCACCGAAACCCACUUCCAGGUCUCCGCCAUCCUUCGUCUCCAAGGUAACGGGAGGUCGCCAGCAGUCACCUUCACCCGUCAGACACGUGAAGGGGCCAACACCCGCACCUGUCAGACCCGUCUCUCCCUCCAGCAGGAUGUCCAUCUCUCCCAUCAGACCUGUCCGGUCUCCUGUGAUGACCAGAAAACAGGUAUCUGGCUCCGCUGAGGUACUGCCGCCCUGGAAGCAGGGAGAUUACAUGGCUGAAGGCUACACCAGUAUGACCAGCAUGACCAGUAUGAGCAGCAUUAGCAGCUCCACACAGCUGCACAUGGAAAAACAGUGGGAGCAUCAGGUGGCCGCCACCAGAGAGACUGAAGGGGAGAAAAAAGCCGAGGCGGUCGCCACCGUGUUGGCUGCCGUUGACCUUGCUCGUGUUCGCCAGCCCAUUCAUGAGGAAGGCGUCUGGGCUGGAGAGGAGGAGGAAGAAGAAGAGGAGGUUCUCGAGGUGAAGCAGAAGGCAGCAGUGAUAACAGACAAACAGGUUGUUGCUGCAAAAACCAAAGAGCAACGACAAGUCCAGAUCCAGGAGGUCCAGCAGAUCCAUCAGAUUCAGAAAACAGCCGAAGUCUCCUCCCACGUGGACACCGGCGUCGCUCCGUCCACAGUCCCACAUUUCAUGGUUUCUAAAGUUUCCGUUCCUAAACACGAAACGAGCCGGGAGGUGUCCAUCACCGGCUCAGCCAUCGCUGCUCUGCACAAAGAGCUGGCCUCCCCGUCCGCCACCAGGAAGAUCAUCAAACCGGUCAAGUCUCCUAGUCCAUCUCGCAGGUCGGUGGUGGAGGCCAGAGUGACGCUGGAGCCCCUCCCACCGCCGUUUAAGGACAUCAGAUAUCAGAGGCAGUUUGAGGGCGGGGCUUAUGCAGUGAGUGAGGAGGAGUUUGAGGACUGGGAACCUCAGGAGGCGGUCGCUGUGCCAAUGAGAGCCCAAGAACCUGCAGUCCCUCCCACUAUCAUGGCAGGCCUGAAGAACCUGACAGUGACAGAGGGCGAGUCGGUGACCCUGGAGUGUCAGAUCAGCGGUCAGCCCGCCCCCAUCAUCAUGUGGUUCAGAGAGGACUACAAAAUCGAGAGUUCAAUCGACUUCCAGAUCAGCUAUGAGAAUGGCGUCGCCCGGAUGAUGAUCCGCGAGGCAUUUGCCGAAGACAGCGGUCGCUUCACUUGCACAGCCACUAACGAGGCCGGAACCAUCAGCACCUCCUGCUACCUGCUCGUUAAAGUUUCAGAGGAAAUAGAGAGCAGAGAGGAGAUGGUGACUGUCACAGAAACUGGGCUCACACAAGCCAAAACCAUUGCUGUCGAGAUGAGGGAGCAGGCAGAGAUCAGCGCAGGAGAAUCUGCUGCCCCCUUCUUUAUUAAGAAACCCACUCCCCAGAAGCUAGUGGAGGGAGGAAGUGUUGUGUUUGAGUGUCAGAUUACAGGAAACCCAAGACCUCACAUCAUUUGGAAGAAGAGCGGCGUUCCGCUCACCACUGGAUACAGAUACAAAGUUGCCUACAAAAAGGAAACCGGAGAAUGCCGACUGGAGAUCUCAAUGACCUUCGCUGAUGAUGCAGGGGAAUACUCCGUCUUUGCUAAGAAUCCUCUCGGAGAAGCGUCAGCCACUGCCAUCCUGCUGGAUGAAGAACAAUAUGAAGCCUACAUGAAGCAGCAAGAUGUGACAUAUAAAACCGAAGUGACAACAACUGUGGUGCAGGAGCCCCAGCCGGUCGUAGCUCAGUAUGAGUUUGAACAAAGGAGGGUGACGACCCCCAUGAGCUUUGUCUCAGAAACGGAGUUCAUGAUUUCAGCCUUUGAGGAGAGAAUCAUCCAGGAGAUUGAGAUCCGUAUCUUGAGGAUCACCUACAGAGAGUUGGUGACCGAGGACGGAGAGCUGAUGGUGACUGUCGCAGAAGAAGAGGCGCUGCAACCGGCCUUUGAGACGCCAGUGAAAAACUACCGGAUCAUGGAAGGAAUGGGCGUCACUUUCCACUGCAGGAUGUCUGGCACGCCGCUGCCUAAGAUUGUUUGGUACAAAGACGGCCAGCGCAUCAGGCCCGGUGGCCGGUACCAGAUGGAGGUCCUUCAGGAUGGACGAGCCAGCCUCCGUCUGUCUGUGGUUCAACCAGAGGAUGAAGGAGUGUACACUGCCUUCGCCUCCAACAUGAAGGGAAAUGCCGUCAGCUCAGGGAAGCUCUACGUGGAGCCUUCUGGAGGUGUAACCCCUCCCAGUUACACACCACAGCCAUCAAUGCAGAGAAUCAGAUCCACAUCUCCUCGCUCUCUGAGCCGCUCUCCCGGCCGUUCAUCCAGCCGUUCACCUGGACGUUCCCCAGCUCGCCGCCUCGAAGAGACUGAUGAAAUUCACCUGGAAAGACUUUACAAACCCGUGUUUGUCAUGAAGCCCUCCUCUAUCAAAUGCGCAGAGGGCCAAACUGCCAGAUUUGACUUAAAGGUUGUAGGAAGGCCAAUGCCUGAAACCUACUGGUUCCAUAAUGGACAACAAAUUGUCAACGACUUCACACACAAGAUAGUGAUUAAGGAGGACGGCACUCAGUCCCUGAUUAUUGUCCCAGCUGUGCCAAAAGACUCUGGAGAAUGGACCGUCGUUGCUCAGAACCGAGCUGGACGAACAUCUGUUGUCGUUAAUCUCUCUGUUGAAGCCAGAGAAAGCGUAUCCAGACCUCAAUUUGUUGAAAAACUGAAGAACAUCACCGUGAAGCAGGGCACAUUAGUGGAACUGGCUGUCAAAGCCAUCGGAAACCCCCUGCCAGAUAUUGUUUGGCUGAAAAACAGCGACAUCAUUACUCCAUCAAAGCACCCACACAUAAGGAUUGAAGGAACCAAAGGAGAGGCCAAAUUCCAGAUUCCUUCAUCUGCUGGCUCAGACAGCGCCUGGUACACCGCCACAGCCAUCAAUAAGGCUGGCAGAGACACCACCCGCUGCAGAGUCAAUGUGGAGGUAGAUCACUCUGCCCCGCAAGCUGAAAGGAAGCUCAUUAUUCCCAAAGGAACCUACAAAGCCAAAGAGAUUGCUGCUCCAGAGCUGGAGCCUCUCCACAUGCGUUAUGGUCAAGAGCAGUGGGAGGAAGGCGACCUUUAUGACAAGGAGAAGCAGCAGAAACCAUUGUUUAAGAAGAAGCUCACCUCCAUCAGGAUGAAGCGUUUUGGUCCAGCCCACUUUGAGUGCAGGCUGACUCCGAUUGGAGACCCCACCAUGGUGGUGGAUUGGCUGCAUGAUGGCAAGCCUCUGGCUGCUGCCAACAGGCUGCGUAUGGUCAAUGAGUUUGGCUACUGCAGCCUGGACUAUGAGGUUGCUUAUGCAAGAGACAGUGGUGUGAUCACCUGCAGAGCAACCAACAAGUUUGGAGUCGACCAGACCUCGGCUACCCUGAUCGUCAAGGAUGAGAAAGGCCUUGUUGAGGAAUCUCAGCUUCCUGAAGGCAGGAAGGGAGCAUAUCGAAUGGAUGAGAUUGAGCGUAUUGCUCAUGAGGGAGGACCUACAGGAGUCAGCCUUGAUGACGAAUCCGAAAAGACAAAACCUGAAAUUGUCCUGCUUCCAGAACCAGCCAGGGUGCUGGAAGGAGACAUUGCUCGGUUCCGCUGCAGAGUGACCGGCUACCCUGCUCCAAAGGUUAAUUGGUACCUCAACGGACAACUCAUCCGCAAGAGCAAGAGAUACAGACUCCAUUACGAUGGUAUUUACUACCUGGAGAUUGUUGACAUCAAGUCAUACGACUCCGGUGAAGUCAGAGUGGUAGCAGACAAUCCUUUAGGCACAACUGAACACACUGUGAAGCUGGAGAUCCAACAGAGAGAGGACUUUAGAGCAGUGCUGCGUCGUGCUCCAGAGCCCAAAGCUGCUGAGGUCCCACAUGAAUCUGGCAAAAUUGGAUUUGACAUUGUCAAGGUGGACAGACCUGGUGAGGUCCCACAGGACAGGGAAGUAGUUAAGCUGCGUAAGGCACAGAGAAUCGUUCAUGAGAAAACCUCUGAGGAGUCUGAGGAGCUGAAGAGCAAGUUCAAGCGCAGAACAGAGGAGGGCUUUUAUGAGUCUAUCUCUGCAGUAGAAUUCAAAUCUCGCAAGAGGGAUGACUCCUAUGAAGACUUACUAAAAAAGACUAAAGAUGAGCUACUUCAUCACAUGAAGGAGAUGGAAGAAGCUGAAAGGAGGAGGAUGGAAGAGCAAGGCAAAAUCACCAUCCCCACAAUCAAACCAGACAGGAUCCAGCUGUCACCCAGCAUGGAAGCCCCACAUAUCCUCGAACGAAUUGGAAGCAAAACUGUUUCUCCAAAGGACGAGGUUCGUUUCAGUGUCAGAGUUGUCGGUAGGCCAGAACCUGAGUGCCAGUGGUUCAAGAAUGGCAUUCUUCUGGAAAAAUCUGACCGUAUUUACUGGUACUGGCCUGAGGACCAUGUGUGUGAACUGGUGAUUAGAGAUGUCACAGUAGAGGACUCUGCCAGCAUCAUGGUUAAGGCCAUCAAUGUCGCUGGAGAGUCGUCAAGCCAUGCCUUCCUUCUUGUACAAGCCAAGGCAACCAUUAGUUUUAUCCAAAACCUGGCUGAUGCCAGUGCAAAUGAGAAGGACACCAUGGUGACCUUUGAAUGUGAAACCAACGAACCAUUCGUUAAGGUCAAAUGGCUGAAGAAUAAUGUUGAGAUUUUCUCAGGAGACAAAUACAGGAUGCACUCUGACAGAAAGGUCCACUUCCUGUCUGUGCUUGUCAUUGAGAUGAGUGAUGAUGCAGAAUACUCAUGUAUGGUCAUAGAUGACGAGAAUAUCAGGACUAAUGCAAGGCUCCAUGUAGAAGGUGCCGCCCUGGAGCUCAACAAACAUUUGGAAAACAUUGAAGUACCAGAGAGCUACGCUGGAGAGUUUGAGGUUGAGGUUUCUCGCGAAGAUGCUGAGGGAAAAUGGUUCUUUGGCGAGAAGGAGCUCUCUCCCAGCAGUAAAUACGUCAUAUCCUCCCGCCGAGGUCGGCACACCCUGGCUGUCAAGGACGUCAGGAAGGACGACCAGGGGAAGUACACAUUUGUUUGUGGAGAUCUGAGUACCAGCGCCUCACUGAAAAUGAAAUUGCGACCCGUGACUCUAAUGCAGCCGCUGACUGACCUUACUAUCUGUGAGGGUGACAUUGCUCAGCUGGAGGUCAGGUUCUCCCAGGAGAAUGUUGAAGGUGCCUGGCUGAAAAACGGCCAGGCAAUCUCUGCCUCAGACCGCGUCCACAUCGUCAUCGACAAACAGGUUCACAAACUGCUAGUGGAGAAUGUCAGCAGAGAAGACGCUGCGUCCUACUCAUUUGUAGUUCCAACUCAUGAAAUCUCCACCUCAGGCAAACUCAAUGUGCAAACUAUCGACAUUGUGGUGCCACUGAAGGACGUGUCGUCCACCGAAGGCACAAAGGCAGUCCUUGAGUCCAAGAUCUCAGCUCAGGACAUCAGCUCUAUCAAAUGGUACCACAACGACAAGCUGCUGAUCCCAGGUGACCGAGUCCAGGCUGUGGCAAAGGGCACCAAGCAGCGACUUGCCUUCACCAGGACCUUUGCUUCAGACGAAGGACGUUACAAACUGGUGGUCGGCAAGGUCGAAACCAGCUGCAACCUGACUGUUGAACAGGUCCAUAUUGUGAAGCACAUGGAGGACAAAGUGUGCUCAGAGUCCCAGAACGUUACCUUCAAUGUUGAGGUUUCACAUCCUGGAAUCGACCCACUCUGGACCUUCAGGAACCAGCAGCUCAAGGCUGGACCCAAAUACAAGAUGGAGUCCAAGGGAACGGCUCACUCCCUGAUUGUGUUAGACACCAUGAAAGAUGAAGAGGGCCAGUACAUGUUCCACGCUGGGGAGAAGACAUCCAGUGCUCAGCUCACUGUCUCUGGUGGCGCCAUCACACGGCCUCUGCAGGAUGUGACAGUGGCCGAGUCUCAGACCUCUGAGUUCGAGUGCGAAGUUGCCAACGCUGAAGCUGAAGGCAAGUGGCUUAAGGACGGUCAGCUCGUCAACUUCAACGAGAACGUUGUGAGCGAGGUGAACGGGUCUGUCAGACGUCUCGUCAUCAUCAUCACCAGGCCACAGGAUGUUGGAGAGUACACCUACCAGGUGGCCAACUCCAAAACCAGCGCAAACCUCAAAGUGGAAGCUGUGAAGAUCAAGAAGACUUUGAGAAACCAGACAGUAACAGAGACUCAGGAGGCCAUGUUCUCACUGGAACUCACCCACCCGGACGUGAAAGGAGCCCAGUGGAUCAGGAACGGAGUCGAACUGCAGAACAGCGACAAGUUCGAGAUUAUCUCAGAAGGAACAAUCCAGACUCUGAAGGUGAAGGACUGCAACACACAAGAUGAGACCGUUUAUUCCUUCAAGCUGGGGAAACUGUCCGCCACUGCCAGACUCAAUGUAGAGACAAUCAAGAUUGUUAAGAAGAUUAAAGACGUGAAAUCCCUGCUGGACGGCACCGCCUCCUUUGAGUUGAGCCUGUCGCACGACAAUGUCCCCGUCAGGUGGAUGUUCAAAGGCGUUGAGCUGAAGGCAAGCGAGAAAUGCAAGAUUCUGUCGGAGAGGAAAGCUCACAAACUGAUCCUGCAGAACGUCGACAGCAGCAACGCAGGAGAGUACACGGCCGUGAUCGGACACCUGCACUGCAGCGCCAUGCUUACUGUAGAGGCUCUUUGUGUCACCAAACCAAUGAAGAGUGUGGAGGUCCCUGAGACCCAGGUGGCCACGUUUGAGUGCGAAGUUUCUCACUUCAAUGUGCCGUCCACCUGGCUCAGAGACGGCGUGGAGAUUGAGAUGAGUGAGAAGUUCAGGAUCGUGGUUCAGGGGAAACUUCACCAACUGAAGAUCAUGAACACCAGCAGGGAAGACUCUGCGGAGUACACCUUCAUCUGCGGGAACGACAGAGUGUCAGCGACGCUUACCGUCAACCCUGUCCUGAUCACCUCCAUGCUAAAUGACCUGAACGCUCAGGAGAGAGACACCAUCACCUUUGAAGUCACAGUAAACUAUGAGGGCAUCACCUACAAAUGGCUGAAGAACGGCGUAGAGGUCAAAUCAUCAGAAAGAUGUCAAGUCCGCAGCCGGCAGCUCACACAUUCACUCACUAUCCGAAAUGUUCACUUUGGAGACGGAGGAGAAUACCAGUUUGUAGCAGGCUCUGCUGCUAGUGCCGCUAACCUCUUUGUUGAAGCUCGUGUGAUUGAGUUCACCAAGAAGAUUAAAGACAUAAAGAUAACCGAGAAGAAAAAAGCAAUGUUUGAGUGUGAAGUUUCUGAGCCUAACAUCCAGGUGAUGUGGAUGAAGGACGGCCAGGAGUUGGACUUAACUGAGGAAAGGUAUGUAGUGACAGCCGAGAAGUUUGUCCAUCGUCUGAUGAUCCAGACGGUUCGUAUGUCAGAUGCUGGAGAGUAUUCAGUCGUGGCCGGAUCCAGCGUCUCCAAGGCCCAACUGAUCGUAGAGGGACGUGACGUACGGAUCGCUGAACCUGCAGAGCGUGAAAUCAUGGUUCUUGAGAAACACAGAGCAACCUUCGAGUUUGAAGUCAAUGAGGACGACAUUGAAGGACGUUGGCUCAGGAACGGCGUGGAGAUCCAGUUCUCUGUGGAGGAAAGGUUCAGCUAUGUUGCCAUCAGGAAGCUGCACCGCCUCACCAUCUCUGAGACCUACAGGAGUGAUGCUGGAGAAUAUACUUUCAUCGCCGGAAAGAACAGGAGCACCAUGCACCUAAGAGUCAACAUCCCGGAGCCUCCUCAGAUCCUCCGUCACAUGGAGCCCCAGUCAGUCGAGGCAGGAAAGCCGGCUCGCUUCUCCGUUCAGGUGAGCGGCGUUCCUCCACCGCAGGUCUCCUGGUACAAAAACUCCCAGGCUCUGUCGCCGGGCUUCAAGUGCAAGUUCCUUCACGACGGCAAUGAGCACACGCUGCUUCUGAUCGAAGUAUUCCCCGAGGACGCCGCCGUCUACAACUGCGAGGCGAAGAACGACUACGGCACGGCCACCAGCACCGCCACGCUCAAUGUGGAAGUGUCAGAGGUGGUCUCUCCAGACUCUGCUGCCCCCAUCGCUCCACCCGUCAUCAUCUCACCCAUCUCCAACACCUCAGCCAGAGAGGGAGAAUCCGCUUACUUCCAGUGCAGAGUCCGUGGAGACGAUGUGAAGAUCAGCUGGUUCCACAAGGAGAAGGAAAUCAAGCAGUCAGACUUCUUCAGGAUGUCUCAGUUCGACGACAGCUGUCAGCUGGAAAUCUCCAGAGUUUACCCAGAGGAUGAGGGGGAAUACACCUGCGUGGCCACAAACAACGCCGGGAAAGUGUCCUGCUCUGCCACUCUCACCCUGGAUGGGCAAAUUCAAACAGUGAGCAGUUCUACCGAGCCUCAGUGGCACAUCUCCAGCCUAAAGAAACCGUCAGUUGGCCAAAAGCCGGUUUUCAUCCAACCAAUCACAAGCUGCACAGUGACACAUGGGGAGGUGGCCCGUUUUCAUGCGUGUGUAUCCGGCCUGCCAAAGCCGGAAAUCAGCUGGUUCCACAACCGGCAGCCGGUCCAACCUUCCAAGAAUGUGGUGUUCCACUUCGAUGAGGUGACAAACAUCGCCACACUCAUCAUAGUGGACGCCUUCUCUGAGCAUGCAGGGCAGUACACCUGCAAGGCGGUGAAUAACGCCGGGGAGGCUGCAUGCUCGGCCAGCCUCACCGUUAUCAGAGAGGAAGAAGUGACUCUUGUGAGGGAGCAGAUCGAAGCCACAGUUGAAGAAGAAGUUAAAGAGCGUUCUAGCACCACCAUCACCACUGUGGAAGAACGAGAGGAAACCUUCUACACUGGUGUCCAGUUACCACAGAAAUCUAAAACACUUGAACUCAAGCCAGAACCCAAACGUUACUCUUCCACUUUAGAGAAGAAAAAAGAGAAGCCAGUUUUCCUCAGCCAGCUAUCCCCAGCAGCCGUAACCUCAGGGGAAACAGCCAGAUUUACGGUCAGGGUGUCCGGCUUUCCAAAGCCGAUUGUUCAGUGGUCUCGCAAUGGUAGGGUGAUAAAAAGCUCUUCUGCGUACAGGCUGGUAGAAGAAAAGGAGGAGUACACAUUGGUGAUCACCAAAGUUACAUCUGAGUAUGAGGGUGAAUAUUCCUGCACUGCCACCAACAGGUUUGGGCAGACAACAUGCACCACAUACCUAGAAGUGAAAAAGCCUGACAUCAGCCAAGCAGAGAGGUGGGUGGAGAAAAUGUUUAAGGUCACAGGUCAACCACCUACAUUUACUGUUCAGAUCCAACCUGUUAGAUGUUCAGAAGGAGGGGAGGUUUAUUUUAAUUAUAAAACCACAGGAGAUCCAGUUCCUGAUGUGAAAUGGUUGAAAGGGGCUUUCCAAAUCCAGCCCAGCAGAAACUGCAUCAUAGUAACCAACCCAGAUGGAUCUGGCCUAAUCAAUAUCAAGAGCGUCAAACAGGAAGACAGUGGCCUAUACACAUGUAAAGCCUCCAACCAGUUUGGUGAGGCUACCUGUAGUGCUGAGCUUGUUGUGUUUAGGGAGUCGGUCUCUGUUUCACACAAAAAGGAGCAGCUAACCAUGGUUCAGAAAAAAUCCUAUAAGGUGUCAGUAUCAGAACAGGCGACAGAGUCUCGUCUGUAUCAGGUCAGCCUUCCAGGCCAGGACAAGACCCGGUCAGAUCAAAUGGUUUAUACCAUUGGUACUGAAGACAGGAAGAUCAUUCCUAGUGAGCAGGUGGCCUCGCUUGGGGAGGCUGACAUCUCUGCUGCAACCAUCCAUCGUGAGACACUGACCCAACAGGCAGCUGUGCUUCAGACUCAUGAGAUAGAGGAGAGGGUUUCUGUGGUUCCCACUCACCCGCCUCAGGCAUCAGCUGUUCCUGGGAAGCAGCUUCACAUGGCAGCAUUUACAUCCUCUGUAGAAGAGAGUCAGGGUCUCACAGAGCAGCACUGUGACCGCAUUCAGAGUCCUGAGGUCAUUGAACUGCAGCUGGCAAGAGAAAAACAAUCAAAAUUAAUGUCUGCCAUGGCAGAGGAGCUCAUCCCACUUUCAACUGUCAGCACAGAGCUUCUACAUGACAAGCAGCCUGCUAACAUCAAACCCACCUCUGAACCCAAACACUUGGUCAGCGGGCAUCAGGUGGAGUCUCAACUUUCUAUUGUAAGAGAGCAAUCUGAGGAUAUCCCUGGACAACAGCAAGAGAAGAGCUACAGGGUGAAGGAAGGUAUUAAAAUUUUAUAUUCAGCUCAGUCUACAGAGAAACAAGUAAUGGAAGAAGGCCACACAACUGAACUAUCAACAGCAGAAUCUGCUGUCAAAUCCACCAUUAAGAAAGAACAGAGUCAGCCCAUUUUAGCCUCAAUCAGUGAGUCCAAACAAACUCUUUCUAAGGAGACAGGGUUCUCGAUCCAGAUGCCUGCUGAAGAAGCAGCUCAGCUUUCUAAAGACAGAAUAAUGAAGGCAGCUUUAAAUGCUGAAGAAAGGCAAAUACUGCAGGCUGAGCCGACUAAAGAACUGCCAUGUCUGGAUAGGGCAGUGACUAUUCAGUCACAUGUAGAAAGUGGGAAGGUACUGCACCUGCAGGUCAUCACAGACCAAGACCUCCUUUCAUCUGAAAAGAGUUUCAGUUCUGAAAAACCAGCACCUGAGCAGGCAGAUACCAGGAAGAGUCCCACUCUGUUGCACACUGUAAGUCAGGAUCAGCAAAAAACUGUUUUUUGUGAAGACAUAUCAGAGUUUGAAACUAAAGCCAGCUCGAUAGCCAUUCAACCCCAAAAUGAGGCUCAGACUGUGCUGCAUCUCCAGUCAAUAAUGCCUGUAGAGGUGCUGCCUAAAGAGGGUGUUUUCACAGAUGAAAAGCCUGAUGAACAGGUAGCAACACAGAAGCACGAAAAAUCAAGGAGCCAUGCAGCUGUCUCAGAAGAAAGACGAGAACUCACAGCAGAUUACCAUUCAGAGCUAGAUUUAUCAGUGACCGGGGUUCAGUCUAACAUUCGAACUGAGCCCAAGCCUCAGAAAAUCCUCCAGGUUUCCUACCAGCCCAUGCAGCUGCCAAAGGAAACCCCCAUUGCUGUUGAUCUCAAGCACCAGAAAGCUUUAGUUCAGAAAGAAGAUCGCUGGAAUGUGAUGCAUGUCACCAGUGUAGCAGACAGUCAGGUCUUAGAAGAGGGUCACACAGAAACUCUGUCAGGUGUGGACAAGUUUAAGUGUCUAACAACCAUAGAGCCUAAAAUGCCCACUGAACCAGUCCAGAUUGAAGAGAAGGAGAUCUCCACUGAGAGCAGCAUCUCUCUGGAGGCAGCAGAACAGGACUUUGCUGUUCAGAUCCAGGAGGGUCAGUCCGUUAGGCAGUCGAUAGUGAUGGAUGAGAAGCGAGUGUUAACAGGGGAGCUUUCUCAAGAGAUCUCCAAGUCUGAAUCGACUAAAGUUAUAGUCAGCACACAACCAAAACUGUCCCUUAUGGCAUCAGAAUCUAAAGACAGCACUGCUCUCCCCAAAGAGAUGAUGUUUGUGAUUCAAAUCCCUAAACCUUCCAGUCUAAAUAUACGGCAUCAGCUCAGAGAGGCACUGCAGUCUGCUGUUGCCAGUGACCAGCCAGUCCUACUGGCUGAUGUUGUUGGAAAGUUACAGGCUUUGGAAGUGCAGGAGGUCAAAGUUCAGCGAGAACCCAAGCGCUCUAUGUUUACAUAUCUGAUCACAACAACAGGUGCCCCCAUUGAGAUCACACUAGCUUUUGAAGGUGAAUACCCGCAAAAGGCUGAUCUCAGGACUGAACUACAGGCAGCGUUCCACUCUAUUGUGUACCAGGAGGCUCAUGUUCUUACCUCAGAGCAACCAGGCACCAUGCAGCUAGACAAACCCCAGAGGGCUCAUGUUUCCUCAGCCAGGUCAGGGCAAAUGCUUUCUACAGUGGUAGAGUCUGUGCGUGUGGCAGAGAGUACAGUAGAUUUCACAGCUGCAAAAUCUCAGGCUGCUGCACUUAAGAUCGAGUCUGAUGUCACAGUUGAAUGCGCUGCAGAAGGGGGGCAGGUUGUAAUUCAAGAAUCCAAGACAGAGAAGGUGGAAAAGUCCAUUUCAUCUAAGACCAAGAUAACCACAGAGACUCAGGUGGCCUUUGAACAGUCGGUUCAGGUAUCAAGAAAAGAAAUUAGGUCUGUAAUGGUAGAAAGUGAAGAAAAAGAAGUGGGAACAGCUUUUGUCACUACUGCUCUGCCUCUUGCCACCAUCCCCACUGAGCAAACACUAGAUGUAAGCAUCCAGCAGAAGCACAGGGAAGAGAUAUUCAAAGAGGAAGUCACAUUAUCCAGACCAGAGCAGAGAGAAUACCCUGAAAUAGUUACCUCCCUACUGGACUUAGCUACUGAAGAAGAUGGUGAAGUCACUUUUAUUACAACCAUUAAAUUUGCAACAAAAGUAAGCUGGUUUUUCAAUGGCCAAUUGGUGAAAUCUGGCAAAGAGUUCAAGUGUUUCAAAGACCAUGACACAUACUCACUGGUUAUCAACAAAGUUGUCAAGGAGAGACAUCAAGGAGAAUAUGUUUGUGAGGCUGAGAAUGAAGCCGGCAGGACAACAACAUCUUCAAGACUCACUGUGGUCCCAAGAGUGCCACCUGUUUUCAGGCAGAAAAUCAACCCUGUAGAGAUCAACGUUGGAGGCCAUGCAAAGUUCGACUGCGAGACUGAGGAUGCGCCGAACGUGACCUUCAAAUGGUACAAAUCUAACAUUGAAAUCAAACAGAGUGAGAAGUACCGGAUCAUCAGCCGCCACACAGGGUCUUCACUGGAGCUCCUGAAUCCUGUGAAGACUGACAGCGGUGAAUACACCUGCAAGGCUUCAAACCAGCACGGCUUUGAUAGCUGCACUGCCUCGCUCAUCGUGACUGAGCCUGCUAAGAUUGUGGAUAAACCCGAAACUUUGAGCGUGACGGCAGGCGACAUGGCCGCCCUGGAGGUCAAAGUGUGCGGGACGCCGGAGCUCGUCCCCAAGUGGUUCAAGGACGGCAUGGAGCUGGCCACAUCCGGGAAGUACAAGAUCUCCUUCUCACAGAUGAUCUCCAGUCUCAACGUGCUUUCUACGGAGAAACUGGACUCUGGCGAAUACACGUUCCAGGUCAUGAACCAAGUCGGAAAAGACCUGAGUAAAAUUAAUCUCACCGUUUUGGAUAAGACCGUUCCUCCAUCGUUCACCAGGAAACUGAAGGACUAUAAGAUGACUGUAGGAGAAGCUGCAGAGAUGGAGUGCAAAGUGUCUGGCUCCCCACCUUUUACUAUUUCAUGGUACCACGAUGGUGAGGAGAUACAAAGCGGGCCGAACUGUGAGGUUUCCUUCAGCGACAACAGCUGCACCCUCAGAGUGCCGACCCUGAAGAUGACUGACUCUGGAGUUUACAAGUGCAAAGCCAUCAACAAGGCUGGUUUCAGCGAAACUUCAGCAACUUUGGCUGUCAAAGAACCUCCAUCUUUCGUGGUGCCACUGCAGCCGAUGGAGGCCAUGCCUGGCUCCAACGUGACCUUCUCAGGCAUGGUGAAGGGCAGCGCGCCCCUCACCCUGAAGUGGUUCAGAGGAACCAAGGAGAUCCUGCCAGGGAAAGACUGCAGCUUCACUCUGAAGGACAACCAAGUGACUCUGGAGCUUCACAACGUGAACCGAUCCCAUGCUGGAGAGUACACCUGUCAGAUCAUCAACGAUGCAGGAAAAGAAAGCUGUGCUGUGAAUCUCACAAUCAAAGAACCGGCAGCCUUCUCUAAGAAGCUGAAGGACGUGUCAGUUGAGAAGGGCAAACCUUUAACGCUCGAGUGUUCGUACACCGGAACUCCAAAGAUCACAGUGAGCUGGUUCAAAGACGGCCAGCAGAUCUUUGCUUCCUACAAAUACAACAUCACCACGACGGAAAGCUCCUGCAUCCUGGAGUGUCUCAGCACAGACGACAAGGAGGCCGCAGGGACGUACAGCUGCCAGGUGUCCAAUGACGCAGGAAAGGACACAAGUGAAGCUGUUGUGUCCAUUUUGGAGCCUCCAUACUUUGUUGAAUCUCUGGAGCCCAUGGAGGUGACAGCUGGUGAUGCUGUGUGUCUGAAGUGCCAGGUGGCAGGGACACCUGAGAUCAAGGUGUCCUGGUUCAAGGCUGACGGCAAAGUGCGGUCCAGCUCCAGCUGUAAGUUGGAGUACUCAAAGGGCGUCGCCAGUCUGAAGCUCAGCAAAGCCACCAAAGCUGACAUUGGGGAGUACACCUGCAAGGCGGAGAACAAGAUCGGCUCUGCCUCCUCCACCUGCAGACUCAAUGUUCUUGAGGCCAAAACACCUCCUUCCUUCCCCAAAAAGAUCACCAGCCUGCAGGAGACAGAAGGUCAAGCGGUGCGUUUUGAGUGCCGUGUCGCCGGCUCAUCACCCAUUGAGGUGUCAUGGCUGAAAGACGGCGAGCCGCUGAUGCAGGGAGGCGAGUUCUCUAUGCUAUAUGACGACAACACGGCUGUGCUGCAGAUCAGCCGUGGCGAAAUGAGGCACUCUGGGGAGUACACAUGCGUGGCGACCAACAGUGUUGGCUCAACUUCCUGCAGAGCAAAACUCACCAUGCAAGAACCCAGAUACGCUCCGGUCUUUGACAGAAAGUUGUCACCGCGGGAGGUGACGGUGGGUGACAGCAUCGAAAUGGAGUGUCACAUGACCGGGUCUGCUCCCAUCAAAGUCACAUGGUCCAAAGACCAUAAAGAUAUCCGCUCUGGUGGGAACUAUAAGAUCAGCUGUGUGGAAAACACCGCCCACCUGACCAUACUGAAGGCGGAUAAAGGUGACACAGGGAAAUACUUCUGCCAUGCCUCCAAUGACAUGGGGAAGGACUCUUGUUCCACUGACAUCUCUGUCAAAGAGCGUAAAAAUCCACCGAUGUUCACCAAAAAGCCCUCGGAGCACAUCGAAGACAUGGAGGGCAAACUGGUAAAAAUUGAGGGCCGAGUCUCUGGUUCUCAGCCCGUUUCGGUCAGCUGGUUCAAAGACGGCAAGGAAAUCCACAGCUCUGACAAAUACGAUAUCAGCUUUAAGAGCAAUGUGGCGGUGCUGUGCAUCAAGAGCAGCCAGGUGACCGACAGCGGCAGGUACUCCUGCCAGGCCUCCAAUGAAGCUGGAAGAGCUUCCUGCGACAUCACUGUGGGCAUCCUGGAAGCCAAGAAGCCUCCAGUGUUUGAUGUUCCACUCAAACCAGUGACUGUGGAUGAAGGCGACAAGCUGAGCCUCAGGUGCCACGUCUGCGGGUCCGCUCCUCUGAAGGUCCAGUGGAUGAAGGACAGGAAGGAGCUUUCUUCAGCCGGCAGCAUCAGGCUCGGCUUCUCUGAUGGUACAGCCAGUCUGGAGAUCAGCUCAGCCUCCAAACAUGAUGCUGGCGAUUACCUCUGCAAGGCUACAAAUGAAGCCGGCGCCGAGUUCUGCAAGGCCAAAGUCACAGUGAAAGAGAAACCAGGAGCAGCUAAACCUGAGACUCCAGCAGCAGCUCCAACCAAAAAACUGGAUAAUCUGUUUUUCAUUGAGGAACCCAAAUCCAUGCACGUUACAGAGAAGGGAACUGCCACCUUCAUCGCUAAAGUUGGAGGAGAACCCAUCCCAAGUGUGAAGUGGAUGAAGGGAAAAUGGAGGCAACUCACCCACGGCGGCCGCAUCUCAAUCGUGCAGAAGGGCCAGGAGUCCAAGUUGGAGAUCCGAGAGGUGACCAAGUCGGACUCGGGUCAGUACCGGUGCGUUGCCUCUAACAAGCACGGCGAGAUCGAGUGCAACGCCGACAUGCACGUUGACGGAAAGAAAGAGGCGCCGCAACUAGAGGGAGACCUCCGAGCCAAGCUGAAGAAGACGCCAUCGAAGCAGAAGAGUCCUCAGGAGGAGAAGGACAUCGACAUUGUCGAGCUGCUGAGAAACGUCGACCCCAAAGAGUACGAGAAAUACGCCCGUAUGUACGGCAUCACUGACUACAGAGGUCUGCUGCAGGCCAUCGAGCAGCUCAAGAAAGAGAGAGGCGAAGAAAGUGGAAGACCGGAAGUGGAACGUGGAGACAGAGAGUCAGAUGAGGACAUGGCUCGGUUGGUGGCCGACCUGCAGAAGAGGAUGGAGAGGACAGAGCCUGUCACCGUAGUGAAGGACAUCUCCAACCAGUCUGUCUUCACCAACGAAGAGGCGGUGUUUGAAUGCGAGAUCAAGAUCAACUACCCAGAGAUCACGCUGUCCUGGUACAAGGGCACGCAGAAGCUUGACACAGACGACAAAUACGACAUCAGCAUCAGCGGCGACCGCCACCUGCUCAAGAUCAAAAGGUGCCAGCCGUCUGACCAGGGCAACUACCGGGUGGUGUGUGGGCCGCACAUCUCCAGCGCCAAGCUCACCGUCACGGAGGUGGAGGUGGAGAAGCACCUGCAGGACACGUCGGGUAAGGAAGGCCAGGCGUGCACUCUGUCUUGUCAGUUGUCUGUUCCUAACGUCGAGGCUCAGUGGUUUAAAAACGGAAAGCAGUUAGAGAUGAAGGGAAGGUAUUCGUCCGAGGUGAAACACAAAGUUCAGAAGCUUCUGAUCAAAGACCUGAAGUCUGAAGACCGGGGCAGAUACUCCUGCAGAUACCAGCACCUGGAGUCCUCGGCGGACCUCAAGGUGGAAGCCGAACAAAUUCAUUUCACCAAGCGCAUCCACAACGUGGAAGUCAACGAGCGCCAGUCGGCCACCUUCGAGUGCGAGGUGUCCUUCGACAACGCAAUCGUUUCUUGGUACAAAGACACGUGGGAACUGAAAGAAUGCACUAAGUACAACUUCAGAAGCGAGGGCAGGAGACAUUUCAUGGUCAUUCGAAAUGUGACCAUUGAAGACGAAGGCGUGUACUCAGUGAUUGUGAGAUUGGAGCCCAGAGGAGAGGCUAAGAGCACAGCUGAGCUUUAUUUGUCUGGCAAAGAAAUCGAAUUAGCGAUGGUACCGACAGAUUUCCCAGACUCUUCAGUUCAGAGGCCUGAAGUGCCUUCAUCAGAAGAAAUUCAAGAAUCUGCUGAGUUCUAUCAGUAUGAAGAAAAGAUCGAACAGAGAGAAUCAGCUGAAUAUUCGUAUCAGUACGAAGAGGAGGUGCAGCAGAAAGUCGAGUAUCAGAGCUGGACAGAAGAGACUGUAACACAACAGAUUUCAGAGACUAAAGCUGCCAGAGUUGCUGUUGAAGAAAAAGUGGAGACCAUGAAAGUUGAAGUGAGGGAGGAAAUCCCAGCUAAAGUUGAGAAGAAGCCCGAAGAGAAGCCGACUGCAGCUGUGGAGGAACCCAAGAAAAAACCAGAGGCCAGGAAGCCAGUAGAGGAAAAGGUUCCUGCAGUUUCAGUCCCAGAGAAGAAGGAAGUUUCUGCUCCCAAAGAACCAGAGGACGUGAAGAAGCCAGUCGCUGCUCCAAAAGAGAAGCCCGGACUUCCAACCAAAGAUGAAGCCAAACCUCAGGUUCCAGCUGAGCCCAAGAAACCGGUUCCUGAAGCAAAGCCCAAAGCUGAACCAGAAGCCAAACCCGCCCCAACUCCAAAGGCAGAGCCAGAACCAAAGGCUAAACCUGCUCCAGCUCCUAAAGAAGAACCAGAACCAAAGGCUAAACCUGCUCCAGCUCCUAAAGAAGAACCAGAACCAAAGGCUAAACCUGCUCCAGCUCCUAAAGAAGAACCAGAACCAAAGGCUAAACCUGGUCCAGCUCCAAAAGUAGAACCAGAACCAAAGGCAAAACCUGCUACAGCUCCAAAAGUAGAACCAGAACUAAAGGCUAAACCUGCUCCAGCUCCAAAAGAAGAACCAGAACCAAAGGCUAAACCUAUUCCAGCUCCAAAAGUAGAACCAGAACCAAAGGCUAAACCUGCUCCAGCUCCAAAAGAAGAACCAGAACCAAAGGCUAAACCUGCUCCAGCUCCAAAAGUAGAACCAGAACCAAAGGCUAAACCUGCUCCAGCUCCAAAAGUAGAACCAGAACCAAAGGUUAAACCUGCUCCAGCUCCAAAAGUAGAACCAGAACCAAAGGUUAAACCUGCUCCAGCUCCUAAAGCGGAACCAGAAGGGAAGCCAGUGAUUCCUCCAUCCAAAGAUGAAACCAAAGGACCGGUCCAGACACCGGGAGGAGUCCAGAAAGAGGGGCAGCCGGCAGAGGAAGCAGGAAGAGGCAGAGGCAGAGGGCUAAAACCCAAGCAGACGCCAUCGCCCGGAGAGGGCAGAGGUCGGGGCAUGAAACCUGGUGGGAGAGGUGGCCCCACACCACCAGAGGAACCUUUUGCAGGCUUCAAACUCAAAGCCGUUCCCCUGAAGUUCAUCAAGAAGCUGGAAAAUAUUGUCCUCAAGGAGGCCGAGUCCAUUGGCUCAUCGGCCGUGUUUGAGUGUGAGGUUUCACCCUCUACAGCCAUCACCUCCUGGAUGAAAGAUGGCGGCAACCUGCGUGAGAGUCCCAAGCACAAGUUCACCUCUGACGGCAAAGACCGGAAGCUGCACAUCAUUGAUGUCCAGCUGUCCGACACUGGAGAAUAUACCUGCGUCGCCAAGAAUGCUGGAAAGGAGAUUUCCUGCACUGCUAAGCUCAUAGUUGAAGAGCUUCCUGUAAAAUGGAUCAAGGAAUUGGAACCGGAGAACUCGGCCAUCCUGGGCCAGCCCAUCUACAUAUCCUGCGAGCUGAGCAAAGAGAGGGACGUGGUCUGGAAGAAGAAUGGUGAAGUCCUCAAGAAAAAGGAGGGCAAAAUUCAAAUCAACAUCAUUGGAUUGCAACACGCCGUGACCAUCCAAGGCUCCACACUAGAAGACGCUGGUACCUACACCUGUGAAGUGUCAGGACAGGAGGACGUCGUGACCACCACAAACGUCAAAGUGCUCGGCCGGGUGAUCUCCCUGGUGAGGCCCCUGAGGAACAUCACAGUGACUGCUGGAGAGACCGCCACCUUCCAGUGCGAGCUGUCCUAUGAAGACAUCCCUGUUGAUUGGUACCUGGGGGACACGAAGCUGGAGUCAAGCGACAGAGUUGUAUUCAAGGAUGAAGGGAAAACCUACAGCGUCACGGUGAGAGACGUCCAACUGAGUGAAGCUGGACAAGUCAAACUCAUCGCCAAAGACUUCGAGACAGAGGCCACCCUGUCUGUCAAAGAGCCGCCUGUAGAGUUCACCAAACCUCUGCAGGACCAAACAGUGGAGGAGAAAACCACCGCCACGCUUGAGUGUGAAGUUUCCAGAGCAAACGGAGAGGUCCAAUGGCUCAGGGACGACCAGGAGAUCCGCAAGACGAAGAAGUACGAAAUCCUGGCCGAGGGCUGCAAGAGAACGCUGGUCAUCCAGGAUUGCACCCUGGACGACUCCAAGACCUACACCUGCGACGCCAAAGACUUCAAAACGUCCUGCUUCCUCACGGUCGAAGCUGCCCGUGUCGAGUUCUCCAAGCCUCUCCAUGAUGUUGAGGUUCGGGAGAAAGAAAGUGCCAGGUUUGAGUGUGAAGUCUCCAGAGAGGACGCUAAAAUCACCUGGUUGAAGGACGGAACUGAAAUCAGAAAAGGAAAGAAAUAUGAAAUUAUUGCACAAGGCCGCCAACACAUCCUUCUCAUCCACAAGGCCACAUUUGAUGACGAAGCUGAAUACGAAUGUGAUGCUCAGACCUCCAAAUCCUCCGGCAUGCUCACCGUCGUUGAGGAGGAAACUACUUUCACUAAAAACCUGCCAAACGUCGAGGGAACAGAGACGGACAGCGUGAGGCUGAUCUGUGAGGUCUCCAAGCCCAACGCUGACGUCACCUGGUACAAAGGCGACAAGGAGCUGCCAGACGGCGGCCGCUAUGAACACAUCGUUGAUGGCAAGAAGAGGAUUCUCCUCAUCAAGGACCUGAAGACAGACGACGCCGGAGAAUACAGCUGCAGGCUGAGCACCGGCACCAAAACCUCCGGAAGCCUCAAGAUCAACGAACUGGCUGCUGAAUUCCUGUCCAGACCUCAGAACCAGGAGGUGGUGGAGGGUCAUAGGGCAGAGUUCACCUGCAUCGUCUCCAAGGAAACCUUCAGUGUCAAAUGGAUGAAGGACGGCAAUGAGCUGGAGUCAGGAGACAAGUACGAGUUGGUGAGUGACGGCAAGAAGCGAAGUCUGGUCAUCAAGGCGUCCGAGCUCAAAGACGAGGGCGGAUACGUUGUGGUGAUUGGAGAGACGAGAGCCAGCGCUGAUCUGACUGUGAGCGCGAAACUGAAGGUCAUCACCCCUCUGAGAGACACGGAGGUCAAAGAAGGCCAGGAGGUCGUCCUGAACUGCGAGGUGAACAUCGACGGAGCCAAGGCCAAGUGGCUGAAGAACGAAGAGACUCUGUUCGAGAGCGGCAAGUACGUGAUGGUUCAGAGAGACAACGUCUUCUCGCUGAGGAUCAAAGACGCUCGGAAGGGAGACGAAGCCGACUACAGCAUCACACUGACCAAUCAGAGAGGAGAACAGGCCAAGAGCUCCGGCAAACUCUCCGUCAGAGAGGAGAGUCUGAAAAUCAUGGUUCCUCCGGAGGACAUCGACACUCAGGAGAAGAAGACCAUCAGCUUCUCCUGCAAGACCAACAGACCCAACGCCACUGUGAAGUGGAUGAAGGCCGGCCAGGAGAUCACCUUCAGCAAACGCGUUGUCUACAGGGUCGACAAAGAAAAGCACACGCUCACCAUCAAGGACUGCACGCUGGCCGACGAGGGCGAGUACACGGUGGUCGCCGGGGACAACAAGGCCACCGCCGAGCUGAUCAUCAGCGAGGCGCCGACCGACUUCAGCGCACAGCUCAAAGACCAGACCAUCACCGAGUUCGAUGAUGCAGAGUUCACGUGCGAGCUGACCAAGGAGAAGGCCGAGGUCAAGUGGUACAGGAACGGACGGGAGAUCAGAGAAGGACCAAGAUACGCAUUUGUGAAAGACGGAAAGUUCUGCACGCUGCGGAUCAAGGAGUGCAGGCCGGAUGACGAGUGUGAAUACGCCUGCGGAGUCGACGAUAAGAGAUCCAGAGCCAGGCUCUUUGUUGAAGAGAUUCCAGUGGAGAUCAUCAGACCUCCACAGGACGUGUUUGAGCCUCCGGGCUCGGACAUCGUGUUUGAGGUGGAGCUCAACAAGGACCGGGUGGAGGUGAAAUGGCUGCGCAACAACAUGACCGUCGUCCAGGGAGACAAGUUCCAGAUGAUGAGCGAGGGGAAGCUGCACCGGCUGCAGGUCUGCGAGAUCCGACCCAGAGACCAGGGACUGUACAGAGUCAUCGUCAAAGACAAGGACGCCAAGGCCAAGCUGGAGCUGGCAGCUGUUCCUCAGAUAAAGACCACCGAUCAGAGCUACGUCACAGACGCCGGGAAGCCCAUCGUCUUGGCCGUCCCGUACAGCGCCUACCCUCAGGCCGAAGCUGACUGGCUGUACGACAACCAGAGUGUGUCCAAAGACAACAUCUACACCUCCGCCGAGCGCACCGAGUACCGGCUGAAGGACCCGAAGAAGUCGGACCAAGGACGCUACAAGAUCGUCAUCAAGAACAAACACGGACAGGGAGAAGCUUUCAUCAACCUGGACGUCAUCGAUGUUCCCGGACCUGUGAAGAACCUUCAGGUGGUCGACACCGCGGACGGCGAGGUCAGCCUGGCGUGGGAGGAGCCUGAGAACGACGGCGGCAGCAAAGUAAUCAGCUAUGUGGUUGAGAGGCGCGAUGUGAAGCGUAAGACCUGGACUCUGGCCACCGAUCACUCAGAGAGCCCCGAGUACACAGUGACGGGGCUGCAGAAGGACUCCUUCUACUUCUUCAGAGUCAGCGCCAGAAACAGGGUCGGCAACGGACCCUUCGUUGAGACGGACGAAGCUGUCCAAGCAAAGAACAAGUUUGACGUUCCUGAAGCUCCUCUGAACGUUGACGUUGGAAACGUAACCAAGUUUGGCUGCACCGUCUCCUGGGACCCUCCAGUGUCAGACGGAGGCUCUCCCAUCACCUCCUACAUCGUGGAGCUGCGCGACAGGACGUCGGUGAAGUGGUCGCCCGUCCAGGUGACGAAAGCCGGCGAGCUCAGUGCCAUCAUCAAUGACGUCAUCGAGAACAAGGAGUACAUCUUCAGAGUCAAAGCUGAGAACAAAGCUGGCGAGGGCAAACCCAGCGCCGCUUCACGACCUGUUAAGAUCAUGGAUCCAAUUGAACGUCCCAGUCCACCACAGAACCUGACCUGGCAGGACCAGAACAAGAGCUCAGUGCAGCUCACCUGGGAGACGCCUCUGAAAAACGGCGGCAGCAUCAUCACAGGCUACAUCAUCGAACGCUGCGAGGAGGGAACCAACAAGUGGCUCCGCUGCAACGCACGCCUCUGCCCAGAUCUCUUCUACAAGGUGUCUGGUCUGAAAUAUGGAACCAAGUACAACUACAGAGUGUUUGCUGAAAAUGCUGCUGGAGUUUCUGAACCGUCAAACGUCAUCGGACCUCUGCUGGCAGACGACCCACAUUUUGCUCCAUCCUUUGACCUGAGUGCUUUCAAAGAUGGCCUGGAAGUGAUCGUCCCUCAGCCUCUCACCAUCAGAGUUCCCAUCACCGGAUACCCGACCCCCGUCGCCAAGUGGACCUUCGGAGAGAAGGAGCUGACGACAGCAGACGAACGCGUCUCCUUGAUGACCAAGUCCACUUUCACAGAACUUAUGAUCACGCCGAGCGUCCGGCCAGACAAAGGCAUCUACACCCUCCACCUGGAGAACGACGUCACCUCUGUGUCUGGAGAUAUCGAAGUCAACGUCAUCGCUGCACCCAGCGCUCCCAAGGACUUCAAGGUUCUAGAGGUGACCCGGCAGCACGUCCAUCUUAGCUGGGAGGCUCCAGAACACGAUGGAGGAAGUCCUCUAACCGGCUAUCAGGUGGAAAAACGGGACGUGUCCCGCAAGACCUGGGUGAAGGUUGUAUCAGGGAUCCAGGAUCUGGAGUUCACCGUCACUGAUGUGGUUGAAGGGAAAGAGUAUCUGUUCAGAGUCACCGCCUGCAACAAGUGCGGCCCGGGAGAGCCAGCGUACAUCGAUGAGCCCGUCAACGUCUCUUCUCCAGCCACUGUGCCAGACCCACCAGAGAACCUGAAGUGGAGAGACAAGUCAGCCAGUGGCAUCUUCCUCACCUGGGAGCCGCCGAAAUAUGACGGUGGCACCGGCAUCCGAGGCUACAACGUGGAGCGCUGCCAGAGAGGCACAGAUAAGUGGGAGCCCUGCGGAGACACGGUACCAGAGCUGAAGUGCCAGGUGACCGGUCUGAUCGAGGGCGAGUGGUACGCCUACAGAGUCCGAGCUCUGAACCGACUCGGAGCCAGCCGGCCCUGCAAGCCCACAGAUGAGAUCCAGGCUGUUGAUCCUAUAGAGGCUCCAGAGAUCCAGCUUGAUGCCAAGCUUCUGGCCGGUCUGACGGCCAAGGCUGGCAGCAAAAUCGAACUCCCAGCUGAGGUUAAGGGUAAGCCUGAACCCCGAGUGAAGUGGACCAAGGCUGACCUGGUUCUGAAGCCAGACGACAGGGUGUCCAUCGACACCAAGCCGGGACAUUCCACCGUCACCGUUGCUAAGACUAAGAGAGACGACAGCUCCACCUACAUCAUUGAGGCGACCAACAGCAGCGGCCGUGCCACCGCCACUGUGGAUGUCAACAUCCUUGACAAACCUGGUCCUCCUGCUGCCUUCGACAUUUCUGAGAUCACCAAUGAAACCUGCCUCCUGGCCUGGAACCCGCCACGCGACGACGGCGGUUCCAGAGUUACCAACUACAUCGUGGAACGCCGAGCUGUCGACAGCGAGAUCUGGCACCGGCUGUCCUCCACCAUCAAACAGACCACGUACAAGGCAGUCGGCCUGGUCAAGUUCAAGGAGUACAUCUUCAGAGCGUUCGCUGAGAACCAGUUUGGUGUUGGUCCACCAGCUGAACACCCGCCCAUCAUCGCCAGAUAUCCAUUUGACACCCCUGGGGCUCCCUACAAACUGGAGCCUUCAGACAUCGCCAAAGACGCCGUGACCCUGAACUGGUACGAGCCGGAUGAGGAUGGAGGCAGCCCCAUCACAGGCUACUGGGUGGAACGAUACGAACCGGACCAUGACAAGUGGAUAAGAUGCAACAAGCUGCCCAUCAAAGACACCAACUACAGAGUGAAAGGUCUUCCCACGAGGAAGAAGUACAAGUUCAGAGUCCUGGCUGAAAAUCUGGCUGGAACUGGAAAACCCAGCAAAGAGACAGAUCAAAUCCUUAUCAAAGACCCUAUUGAUCCUCCUUGGCCUCCUGGUAAACCCACAGUGAAGGAUGUAGCCAAGACUUCCUGCUUCCUUACUUGGACCAAACCCGAGCAUGACGGCGGGGCCAAGAUCGACAGCUAUGUCAUCGAGAUGUUGAAGAGCGGAACCACAGACUGGAUCCGUGUGGCAGAGAACAUCAGCAUCCUGGAGUUUUUCCUGAAGGGCCUGAUGGAGAAGCAGGAGUAUUCGUUCAGAGUGAGAGCCAUCAACGUGGCCGGGGAGAGUGAACCCAGCGAGCCCAGCGACCCGGUUCUGUGCAAAGAGAGGCUGAAUCCUCCAUCGGCUCCUCGAUGGUUGGAGGUCGUGAGUAUCAGCCGGAGCAGCGCUGACUUGAAGUGGACGGCUCCGGAGCGUGACGGAGGAUCUCGCAUCACCAACUACAUUGUGGAGAAGCGCGACGCCAAGCGUAAAGGCUGGCAGGCUGUGGACACCACGGUGAAGGAGCUGAAAACCACCGUGACGCCGCUCAACGACGGAGCUCUGUACGUGUUCAGAGUCGCCGCAGAGAACGCCGUGGGUGUCGGACCGUUCUGCGAGCUGGAGGACUCCGUGUUGGCCAAGGAUACUUUCACUACUCCUGGGCCGCCCUACGCACUCACCGUCUACUCUGUGACCAAAAAGUAUGUGGACCUGGAGUGGGAGGCACCUAAAAAUGACGGCGGUAGACCCAUACUCAGGUACUCUAUUGAGAAGAAGGAGAAGCUUGGAACGCGCUGGGUGAAAUGUGGAAAGACUUCUGGUCCAGACUGUAAAUACCGGGUAACGGAUGUUAUUGAGGGAACAGAAGUCCAGUUCCAGAUCCGGGCUGAGAAUGAGGCUGGAGUCGGACACCCGUGUGAACCUACAGAGAUCUUGACCAUUGAAGAUCCAACAGGAAUCCCAUCUCCUCCCAUCGAGCUCCAUGUAACCGGAGCCAGCAGGGACUUCCUAUCCAUCGCCUGGAAGCCUCCGCAGCAGGACGGCGGUUCCCCGAUCCGCGGCUAUCACAUCGAGAUGUGCGAGGCCGGAACUGAGAAGUGGAUGAGAGUCAACUCCCGUCCGGUGAAGGAGCUGAAGUACAGAGUGGAGGAGGGCAUCGUCCCUGAGAAGGAGUACAUUCUGAGAGUGAGGGCCAUCAAUUCUGUAGGAGAGAGUGAGCCCUCCGACAUCUCAGAAAACGUCUUUGCCAAAGACUCUGACUGUAACCCAACACUGGAGUUCCAGACUCUGGACCUCGUUGUGGUGGAAACAGAGAAGCUUCACAUCCCGGUUCCCUUCAGAGCCGUCCCGUCUCCCAAAAUCACCUGGCACAAAGACGGCAAGGAGCUGAAGGCUGAUGAGCGUCUCAUGUUCAGGAAGGAGUACACUUCCUGUCACCUGGAGAUUGACAGCAGCCUUCACCCCGAUGCUGGAGUUUAUAAAGUGACUCUGGAGAACAAACUGGGAAGUGCCAGUGCAACCAUUAACGUGAAAGUCAUCGGUCUUCCUGGUCCCUGCAAAGAGAUUGUUGCAUCAGAAAUCACAAAGAGCUCAUGUAAAGUUUCCUGGGAUCCUCCAGACUACGACGGUGGCAGCCCGAUUCUUCACUAUGUCCUUCAGCGGCGUGAGGCUGGUAGGAGGACCUACGUCAACAUGAUGUCUGGAGAGAACAAGGUGAGCUGGAUGGUGAAAGACCUCAUCCCCAACGGAGAGUACUACUUCAGAGUCCAAGCCGUCAACAAGAUUGGAGGAGGAGAGUUCAUCGAACUGCGCAACCCCGUCAUUGCAGAGGACCAAAAACAUGCUCCUGAUGCGCCAGUGGACGUGGAAACCCACAACCCCACUUCCAGCACUAUAACCCUGACCUGGAAGCCUCCUAUGUACGAUGGUGGCGCCAAAAUCAUGGGCUACAUUCUGGAGAGGCAGCAGAAGGGCGAGGACAAGUGGGAGAGGUGCAAUGACUUCCUGGUUCCUGUCCUGUCCUACACAGUCAGAGGACUAACAGAGGGCAAGAACUACAUGUUCAGAGUCAAAGCUGAAAACGCUGCUGGCAUCAGUGAUCCGUCACGCAACACAUUGUUCGUUAAGGCCUCUGAUGCUGUUGAUCCUCCAAAGGUUUUCCUCAGUGGUAGCCUGCAAUCCGGUCUCAGUGUGAAACGAGGCUGCGAGAUCUGCCUGAAUGCCAAUAUUUCUGGCUCACCGUACCCUCAGAUCACCUGGUACUGGAACAACCAGGUGAUCCAACCUGAACCACUCCGCAAGAGACCUGAGAAACCCCUGAAGAAGAAGCCAGAGAAGAAGGAGGAGGAGAAGAAAGAAGGAGAGGAGAAAAAGGAAGGAGAGGAGAAGAAAGAAGGAGAGGAGGAGAAAAAGCCAGAGGGAGAAGCGGAGACUAAAGAGGAGAAGAAGGAGGGAGAGGAAAAGAAAGAAGGAGAGGAGAAGAAGGAGGAGGAGAAAAAGCCAGAGGAGGAAGCUGCUGAGCCAGAGGUGGAGGAGCCUGACUAUCCCACCAUAAAUGAACGUCUGACCAUCGAUAACAGCCACAGGGGCGUGUCCUCCAUCGUCAUUAAUGAGUCAGUCCGCCCAGAUCAUGGGGUCUACAUGGUGAAGGUGGAGAAUGACCACGGCAUUGCCUCAGCAACCUGCGAGGUCAACGUGCUCGAUACUCCUGGUCCUCCCGUGAACUUUAGGUUUGAGGAAGUGAGGAAGAACUCAGUCAUUUGCAAGUGGGAUCCUCCUCUGGAUGACGGCGGCAGUGAGAUCCUCAACUACACCCUGGAGAAGAAGGACAACUCCAAGCUGGAGUUCGGCUGGAGUUGUGUUACCAGCACACUGAGAGGCUGCCGCUACCUGGUGCCCAAGCUCAUUGAGAAGAAAGAGUAUAUCUUCAGGGUCGUAGCUGAAAACAAGUUUGGCCCUGGUACACCAUGCGUUUCCAAACCUCUCAUCGCCAAGAAUCCUUUCGAACCUCCCGAGGCUCCAGAUAAGCCACAGAUUGACGACAUCACAGCCAACAGCAUGCUGGUCACUUGGGACGUACCAAAGGACAAUGGCAGCCCUAUUCUGGGAUACUGGGUGGAGCGCAGGGAGAUCAACAGCUCACACUGGGCACGUGUCAACAGGAACAUUGUCCCAGACACGGAGCUGAACGUCGAAGGUCUCCUGGAGGGACUCACUUACAUCUUCAGGGUGGCGGCUGAAAACCAGGCCGGCCCUGGAAAGUUCAGUCCUCCCUCUGAGCCUAAGACAGCACAGGCUCCUAUCUUGCCACCUGGACCUCCCAUUGCCAGAGUGGUGGUAACCACUGACCACUCCAUCGAAGUAGAGUGGGAUCCUCCUGCCGACAAUGGUGGAGGAGAGAUUCAGGGAUACCAUGUGGAUAAGGCAAUGGCUGGUACCAAGGACUGGUCUAGAUCAACAGAACGUCCCUGGAAGCAGCGUAACUUCACCGUCUAUGGAGUUCGUGAGGGAGCGAAGUACACAGUCAGAGUCAUCGCCUGCAAUGCUGCAGGAGAAGGAACACCUGGUUUCACAGACGCUGUUUUUGUCCGGAACCCAGCAGAGAUUCCAGUAAUUGACAUGGACCUUGCCAUCAAGAAUGGCAUAAUCAUCAGAGCUGGAGAAACGCUACGUGUUCCUGCUACAGUCACUGGUAAACCCUAUCCAUCCAUCACCUGGACAAAGGAUGAUGGCAAACCAGAUAAAGACCGUGUGGAGCUCCUCAGUGAGGGCAAUGACAGUGUUGUCUCAAUCAAGAAUGUCCAGAGGCAGGAUUGUGGAAAGUAUCAGAUCUCUGCCUGCAACCCCAGUGGCUCCAAGUCUGCAUCAACCAGAGUGGAAGUGAUGGAUGUCCCUGGUCCUGUCAAGGACUUGAAGCCAGUCGUUGUUACUCGUAAGAUGAUUUUCCUGAACUGGGAUGACCCAGAAGAUGACGGAGGCAGCGAUCUGACAGGCUUUCUUGUGGAACGAAGGGAUGCCAAGAUGCACACAUGGAGGCAGCCUGUUGAAACCGCUUCGUCCAAGUGCGAGUGUGUAGGAAUCAUGGAGGGACAGGAGUACUUCUUCCGUGUCAUCGCCAAGAACAAGUACGGUUUGGGUGUUCCCGUUGAGCUGGGACCCAUCAAAGCUGUGGAUCCUCAGGGUCCACCAUCAUACCCUGAAAAGUUCCACUACACAGAGAGGACCAAAAACUCCAUCACUCUGGCAUGGAAGCCACCGCGCAGUGAUGGUGGCAGCCCAGUUAUUGGGUACUUUGUAGAGAAGAAGAGGCAAGACCAACAGGCCUUUGAACCCUGCAAUACAGAGAUCUGCCCCAACAUGACUCUCACUGUUGAAGGCCUGGAGGAGGCUUGGAUGUAUGAGUUCAGAAUCAAGUGUGCCAAUCUUAUUGGAGAGAGUGAGCCAUCCAUUCCACUGACUGUAGUAAUUCAAGAUGAUGAAGUUGGUCCUGAGGUCCACAUGCUGAAGCACUUUACUGCUGACUGCAUUACUGUGAAGAAGGGUGAGCCUAUUGAAAUUCCCGCUGAUAUCAUUGGACUCCCCAUCCCAAAGAUCGAGUGGUCCAAGGACGACGUCCUAAUUGACAAGCCGACAGAGACACUGCUGAUGGAAACAGAGGUGACUGGAAGGUUGAAUGCCAAGACCACACUAUCCAUCCCAGCUGCCAACAGGAGGGACCGCGGCAGCUACACUGUGUCAGCAUCCAACAACAUGGGCUCAGCCAAACACACCGUCUAUGUCAUGGUGCUUGACCGACCAACCCCACCCAGGAAUCUGGCUGUGUCAAAUAUCAGGGCCGAGUCUUGCUACUUAAACUGGGACCCACCAGUUGAUAAUGGUGGAAGCGAGCUGACCAACUACAUUAUUCAGAGGAAGGAAGUGCGUAAAGACCAGCCUGAGCCAGAAGAGGGAGAAGAGGCUCCACCAGAGCCGCAGUGGGAAGUGGUCAACAAUGCCGUAAUUGAAAGGAAAUUAGGGGUGUGGGAGUUGGACACCAGCAAGACCUAUCUGUUCCAAGUCAGAGCCGAAAACAAGUACGGCAUAUCUGACCCGUGUACAACGGAGGAAGUUCUUAUCACAGAUCCAUUUGGUCUUCCUGGCCCACCACAGAAACCAGCUAUUGCAGAAUACUCCAAGACCUCCAUGACACUAACAUGGGAGCCUCCUAGAGAGACUGGAGGCUCAAUGAUCACUGGGUACUGGCUGGAGAAGAGAGAGAAAGGAACAGACUAUUGGGCCAAAGUUAACAAGACGCCAGUCACUAAAAGAGGCACGAAAGGUUGGGAGUAUCAGGUGACUCGACUGUUUGAAGGAACUGAGUACGAAUUCAGGGUUGCUGCCUCCAAUUCAGCUGGAACUGGACCAUUCAGUGGGCCGUCUGACUCUGCCUUUGCAGUUGAUCCGAUCACUCCUCCAAGCAUGCCUGCUGCUCCUGAGGUUGCUGAUAAAACGAAGCAUAGCGUCACGCUGUCCUGGAAGCCACCGGAGAGUGACGGAGGAAGCCCCAUUAAGGGCUACAUUAUCCAGAUUCAGGAUGAAGGCUCAUCAGAGUGGCACAAAAUCAAUGACAUUGAUAGCCUGCACCCCACCACGGAGUUCACCGUGCCCAGUCUCCGUGAGUUGAAACGCUACCGCUUCAGGAUCAUUGCUGUCAAUGACAUCGGCGAGUCCGACCCCAGCCCACGCACCAGCGAAGUUCUGAUAGAGGAUGUCCAACUUCCUCCUGUCAUUACAAUUGAUGUCAUGGCUGAGGAACUAGUCAACAUUCGUGCUGGAGAUCCAAUCAGGAUUCCCGCAACCAUUAAGGGCCGGCCUGCUCCCAAGGUUACAUGGGACUACGAAGGCAAAGCCAAGAGCGAGAAAAAGAACAAACUGCACACAAUCCCUGUUGAGGCUCAGGUUGAGUCCACAGACACCACCUCAGUCGUGAACAUUCCUGUGAGCUUGAGGAGUCAUUCUGGACGUUACACCAUCACAGCCAAGAACAAGUCUGGACAGAAACAUGUCAACGUCAGAGUCAUUGUCGUCGAUGUUCCUGGACCUCCAAAGGACCUGAAGGUCACUGAUGUAACCCGUUCCACCAUGAGGCUGAUCUGGAAGCUCCCUGACACUGACGGAGGAGAGAGGAUCAAGAGCUACUUCAUUGAGAAAAAGUCUGUGAUUGACAAGGCCUGGACCAAGGUGAAUGCCGCUUGUGCUAGCCAGGCCUUUGUGGUUCCAGGCCUGCUUGAGGGUCAGGAUUACCUGUUCAGGGUUCGAGCAGAAAACAGACUGGGAUUUGGUCCUUUUACCGAGACAACCGAACCCAUCAGAGCCAGAGAUCCCAUCUACCCACCUGACCCCCCAACCAAGCUGAAGGUAAACCUAGUCACAAAGAACACGGUCACUCUGAGCUGGGAGCCUCCAAAGAACAACGGCGGCUCACCUGUAAAACAUUACAUCAUCGAGCGUCUGAGUUGGGACACCAGCAGCAAGGAGAAGGAGGCCUGGAAGCAGUGCAACAAGAGAGACGUGGAGGAGCUCACCUUCAUUGUGGAGGACCUGAAGGAGGGAGGAGAAUAUGAAUUCAGAGUAAAAGCUGUGAAUGCAGCUGGACCCAGCCGACCUUCUGCCACUGUUGGACCUCUGGUCAUCAAGGAUCAGACAUGUCCUCCCACCAUUGAGCUGCGUGAAGCCAUGGAGGGCGAGGAGGGCUGCGACGUCAGCAUCGUGGCGAGGAUCAGCGGCUGUCCCUUCCCAACGCUGACCUGGCACAAGGCCAGCCUGGCCAAACCCGAGGAAAAGGCUGCUGUCCAGUAUGACCAGCAUAUCAACAAACUGGUGACCCCAGACAAGUGCACACUGUUGAUCCAGCAGGCCAGCCGGAACGACAGCGCCCUCUACAGCCUGACGGCCAGUAAUAGCCUGGGUACUGUCUCCAAGGACAUCAAGCUGGCAGUGCUGGGACCUCCUGGCCCACCAGUGGGUCCGAUCAAGUUCACAGAGGUGUUUGCGGAGAGGAUCGGCCUGGCCUGGAACCCUCCCACAGAUGAUGGUGGAUCCAAGAUCACCAACUAUGUGGUUGAGAAGCGUGAGGACAACAGAAAGACGUGGGUCCACGUCUCCAACGACCCGAAAGAGUGCGCCUUUGUGGUGACACGUCUUACAGAGAACCACGAGUACGAGUUCAGAGUCAUGGCCCAGAACAAGUUUGGAGUCGGACCGGCAGUGAUCAGUGAGCCUGAGAAGGCCAGAAACCUCUUCACCGUUCCCGGUCAGUGUGAGAAACCAACAGUUACUGAAGUCUGUCUGGAGUCCAUGACCGUCAACUGGGAUGAGCCCAAAUAUGACGGCGGAUCCCCCAUCACUGGCUACUUCGUCGAGAAGAAGGAGACCACUUCCAAACGCUGGACCCGUGUUACCCGGGAACCAAUCCGUGCGCUCCCACUGGGCAACAACUGGGACGUUACAGGCCUGCUGGAGGGCGCCCUGUACCAGUUCAGGGUGAUCGCCAUCAACGCCGCCGGCUGUGGUCUGCCUAGCUUGCCCUCUGACCCUGUACUCUGCAGAGACCCCAUCAAGCCUCCAGGGCCACCUUACCCGAAGGUGAUGGACUGGACUAAAUCAACGGUGGAGCUGGAGUGGCUCCCUCCCUCUACAGACGGAGGGUCCAAGGUGACAGGUUAUAUUGUUGAGUUGAAGGAGAUAAACAAGGAGGAAGAGGAGAUGAAAGCCAAGAGGAGGCUGCUGUUGAGCGAAGCUGAGGAAGAGAAGGAGCCUGAAAGCGACGAGAGCUGGAAGAAGGCAAAGGACACAGAGAUCAGAGGAACUAAGUUUGUUGUGACCGACCUGAAAGAAGGAGGGCUGUACCAGUUCAGAGUCCGAGCCGUGAACUCUGCUGGCGUGGGAGACCCAGGUCUCGUGUCUGAGCUGAUCGAAGCCAAAGACAGAACAAUUCCUCCUGAGAUGGACCUUGAUGCCUCAGUGAAGGAAAAGAUUGUGGUCCACGCUGGAGCCACCAUCCGCAUCAUCGCCUAUGUGUCAGGCAAACCCGCCCCGCAGAUCACCUGGUGCCGUGACGACGCCGAGGUGCCCAAAGAGGCCGUGGUGGAGACGACGGGCAUCUCUAACUCUCUGGUCAUCAAGAACUGCAGACGGCAACAUCAGGGCAUGUACACACUCAGCGCCAAGAACGAGGGAGGCGAGAGGAAGAAGGCCGUCAUCGUUGAGGUUCUUGAUGUUCCUGGACCUGUCGGUCUUCCCUUCGCUGGUGAGAAUCUGACCACCGACUCCUGCAAACUGACCUGGUACUUCCCUGAAGACGACGGCGGCUCGGCCAUCACCAACUACAUCAUCGAGAAACGAGAGUCCGACCGAAUGGGCUGGACCUCGGUGUCCUACACGGUGACGAGGAACAACGCUGUGGUGCAGGGACUGAUCGAAGGCAAGGGCUACUUCUUCAGGAUCGCAGCUGAGAACAUCAUCGGAAUGGGACCUUUCAUCGAGACCGACAAGAUGGUCCUCAUUAAAGACCCAAUCUCCGUCCCGGAGCGUCCGGAGGACCUGAUUGUCACAGGUGUUAGCAAGGACUCCAUCUCUGUUGCCUGGAGACCACCCAAAUACGACGGUGGUGCAGAGGUGACAUCCUACGUCCUUGAGUCCCGAAUGGUGGGCCGUGACACUUUCACUCGGAUCGGAGGCGAGGACAAGCUGAUGGACAGGAAGUUCACGCUAACUGGACUGAAGGAAGGCUCGAGUCACGAGUUCAGAGUCUCAGCCGUCAACCAGGUUGGGCAGGGCAAGCACUCCUUCCCCACCAAACCUGUGCAGUGCAAGGACGAGCUCGAGCCACCUACUUUGGACCUGGACUUCAGAGACACGAUGAUGGUCAAGGUGGGAGAUCCAUGCAUGCUAUCAGGACGUUACAGCGGCAAGCCAGCCCCGACAAUCACCUGGACAAAGAACGACGAAGAGCUUAAAUCAGACGAAGAGAUCAACCUUCACAGCACCGCACGCCACCUCAGCCUGAACAUCAGCAAGGCCAAGAGAGAACACAGUGGCCGCUACUGCGUCAGCGUCGAGAACGCCGCCGGGCCUCGCACCGGAAUCUGCACCAUCACUGUAGUUGACCGUCCUCAGCCACCAGAGGGCCCCGUAGUGUUCAACGAAGUCUACAGAAACUACAUGGUCAUCUCCUGGAACCCUCCUCUAGAUGACGGCGGCUGCGCCAUCUCCAACUACAUCAUCGAGAAGAGAGACACCAACAGAGACCUGUGGAUGCCCGUCACCUCUUCCUCCACCAGAACCUCCUGCAAGGUGCCAAAGCUGAUCGAAGGUCGUGAGUACAUCAUCCGGAUCAUGGCUCAGAACAUGUACGGCAUCAGUGACCCACUCCUGUCAGCGGAGACCAAAGCUCGAGAUGUCUUCAAGGUACCUGAUGCGCCAAAGCAACCCACAGUGAAGGAAGUUUACCAUGACUGCGCCCUGAUCAGCUGGGAGCCACCUGCUGAUGGAGGAAAACCAAUCACAGGUUACAUUGUGGAAAGGAAGGAGACCAAGGCCAGCAGAUGGGUUCGCUGCAACACAGAAAGAAUCUACCCCAAAGUGGAGUACUGUGUGAUGGAGCUGCUGCAAGGCUGUGAAUACGAGUUUAGAGUCAGCGCUGAGAACGUAGUGGGAGCUGGCGACCCGAGUCCACCAUCCAAACCAGUUUUUGCAAAGGAUCCCAUCGUGAAAUCUAGUCCACCUGUCAACCUUUGCGCCAUCGACUUCACCAAAGAGUCAGUGACUCUGUCCUGGGAGCCGCCCACCGACACCGGACGAGGCAAGAUCUUCGGAUACCUGCUGGAGUUCCAGAAGGCUGGGCAAGAGGAAUGGAGCAAGGUGAACCAGACUCCAGAUUCCUGCCAGGAGACCAGGUUUAAGGUGAUAGACCUGGAAGAUGGUGCUCUGUACCGCUUUAGAGUCAUGGCUGUGAAUGCAGCUGGAGAGUCUGACCCAACCAACCUGAAGGAGCCAAUCAGAGUACAGGAGAGACUUGAGCCUCCAGAGUUGAUUCUGGAUGCUGGAAUGGCCCGAGAGGUGAAGGCCAUGGCUGGUACUCACAUCACCCUGAUGGCCACCAUCAAAGGCGUGCCAUUCCCCACAGUCACCUGGAAGAAGAACGAUGCAGAGGUUCCUACCAGAGCUGACAUUGAGACAAACCAGGCUGGUACAAAGCUGGAGAUGAGAUUCUGCAACCGUGGAGACUGCGGAGACUACACUCUGACGGUGGAAAACUCGGCCGGUUCCAAGACUGCUACCUGCACUGUGCUGGUUCUUAAUAAACCUGGUCCUAUUCAGCACCUCCGGGUGUCUGACGUCAGAAGUGACUCCGCCUACCUGUCGUGGAAGGAUCCGGAAGACAAUGGCGGCUCACGCAUCACUAACUUUGUGGUAGAGAAGAAAGACACUGCAUCCACUCAGUGGGUUCCUGUCUGCUCCACCUCCAAGAAGCGCAGCAUGAUGCUAAAGCACCUGAUGGAGGGCACAUCCUACUCAUUCAGAGUUGCUGCUGAAAACCACUAUGGCCGAAGCGAAUUUGUUGAGACACCAAAAGCUAUAAAGGCAAUGAACCCUCUCUUCCCUCCUGGUCCUCCUAAAGACCUGCAUCAUGCUGAUGUGGACAAAACAGAGGUCUGGUUGGCCUGGAACUGGCCUGAUCGCGAUGGAGGAAGUGAGAUCACUGGCUUCUUUGUGGAGUAUCAGGAAGAAGGAGCCAAAGAGUGGGAAGAAUGGAAGACUGUGAGCAUCCCAGAGAGUCAUGUUACCGGCUUGGAGGAAGGAAAGACUUACCGCUUUAGAGUGAGGACUGAAAAUGCCAUUGGCCUCAGUAGACCUGACACCACACUGCCCAUCCUCUGCCAGGAGAAACUAGUCCCUCCAAUUGUCGAGGUAGAUGUUAAGCUGAUUGAAGGCAUCAUUGUGAAGGCCGGCACCACCAUCAGGUUACCAGCUAUAAUGAGAGGAAUCCCUGUUCCCUCUGCCAAGUGGUCCAUUGACGGGGAGGAAAUCACGAGCCAGGGCAACAUCAAAAUCGAUACUGACAAUUUCUCAACUGUGCUCAACAUCAACGAGUGUACCAGGAACCACACAGGCACCUACCUGCUCACUGUGUCCAAUGCGGCAGGGACGAAAACCGUGGCCCUGAGUGUAACUGUUUUGGAUGUUCCAGCUGCACCUAUUGGACCCGUCAACAUCAUGGAAGUCACUCCAGACUCCAUGACGAUCGAAUGGCGCCCUCCCAAGGAUGAUGGCGGAAGCCCCGUCACCAACUACAUUGUGGAAAAACGAGAGUCCAACAAGGAGACUUGGGGAGGCGUUAGCUCUGGCAGCCUUGAAACUCAGCUCAGGAUUACUCGCCUGCAGAAAGGAACAGAGUAUGUGGUUCGCAUUCGUGCCGCAAACAAGAUGGGAGUGGGUGCUCCACUGGAGAGCAAGCCAACGGUGGCUGAACACACUUUCAUGCCACCCAGUCCACCUGGUAAACCACAGCAUUAUGAGCUGUCUGAGGAUGCUGUUACAAUCGGAUGGACCAUGCCUCUAGCUGAUGGUGGCAGCCAGAUCACUGGCUACCUCAUAGAGCGCAGACAUAAGGGAGGAAAAUGGAUCCGUGUUAAUAGGACCCCAUGCAAGGACCUCCGAUACAGAGUCCAGGGUCUGUUUGAAGGAAGUGAAUAUGAAUUCAGGGUGUUUGCAGAGAAUAUUGCUGGCUAUAGUGGUCCUUCUCCUACCUCUGACCCUUGCAAGCCUUGCAGACCCAUCUCAGUCCCAAGCUCUCCUAUAAAUCCCAAAGUUAAGGAUUACAGUAAGAACACUGCUGACCUGGUCUGGACCAAACCCUCCAAAGAUGGAGGCAGCCCCAUCCUUGGCUACACAGUGGAAAUGAAGAAAGCCGAUACCGAGGACUGGAAGAAAGUGAACCUGGAUGACCUCAUCAAGCUGUGUGCUUACAGGGUGAAGGGUCUGGAAGAAGGUGUGAGCUACAGUUUCAGAGUCUAUGCUUCAAACAUGAUUGGAGACGGAGAGCCAAAAGAAAUGCCACAGUCAAUCACUGCUCAGGAUAUCCUCAUCCCUCCUGAGAUUGAAAUGGAGGCUACCUGUCGCGAUAGAUUAACCGUGCGUGUCGGCCACAACAUCAACAUCAUUGGCUACAUCAAGGCCCGUCCUGAUCCUGAGGUCAUUUGGUCAAAGGAGGAGACAGUUAUGGAGAACAGCAAACGAGUGACCAUCAUCCAGAACCUCCCGGUGGUUCACCUCAGGGUAAAAGAAGCUACGAGGAAUGAUCAUGGAAAAUACACACUGAAGGCUUCGAAUGAGGGUGGUGAGGCUUCCUGCACCAUCACAGUUAAUGUCCUGGACAGACCAAGUCACUGCCAGAAUCUGCACAUAACCUAUGCCACCAAGGACUCAUGUAUGGUCAACUGGGAGGCACCCAUUGACAAUGGUGGGUCUGAGAUCACCAAUUACAUUGUGGAGUGCCGUGAGCCCAGCAUUAGCAUGUGGUCCAUGAUCUCUUCCAACUGCACCAAUCGCAAGAUCAAAGCCAAACUGAUGGAGGGCCAUGAGUACCUGUUCCGCGUCUGCGCCGUCAACAAGCUGGGACCUGGCCCCAGUGUGGAGAUCAAGACUCCUCUGCUGGCCAUCGACCCCAUUGAGAAGCCUGGUGAGCCGGAGAACUUUAGAGCCACCGACAUUGGUAAAAACUUUGUCUAUCUGAGAUGGAGGAAGCCCGACUAUGACGGUGGCAGCCCCAACCUCUCGUACAAUCUGGAGUGCAAACACAAAGAUGCUGAACAGUGGGAGAAACUCAACACUAGUACACUAACGGAUACCUUUUUCUUGGCUGCCAAGUUGGUUGAAAACCAAACCUACACAUUCAGGGUACAGACUGUGAAUGAAGGCGGAGAAAGUGCAUGGGUAAAGAUCCCUGACAUUGUGGUGAGGGAGGAGAUCCAGAAGCCAGUCAUUGACCUGAAGGUAGCUGGAAUUGUGACAGUGAAGGCUGGAGAGUCAGUCAGGAUGGAGGCUGCCCUGAGAGGAAAACCGCAGCCUGAAGUCAAAUGGACAAAAGACAAAGCUGUGGGAGACAAUCCCAGAAUGAGCUAUGAAACUGGUUCAGAUUAUUCCAAAUUUCUUCUGACCAAGUCCAGACGUUCAGACACCGGCAAGUACGUCAUCACUGCCACUAAUACAGCUGGCACCUUCACAGCUUAUGCAAACGUCAACGUCUUGGAUGUGCCUGGACCAGUGAGGAACCUGAGGAUCACCGGCAUCGGAGCUGACAAAUGCAGAGUGGUGUGGGACGGUCCAGAGGACGACGGAGGCUGCGAAGUGGACAGUUACAUUUUGGAGAAAUGUGAGACCAGGAGAAUGGUCUGGUCCACAUACUCCGCCUCUGUAGUCACUCCUUACUGUAACGUCACCCGACUGGUGGAAGGUAAUGAGUACAUCUUCAGAGUGAGAGCAGAGAACAAGAUGGGAACUGGUCCUGCCAUGGAAAGCAGACCUGUAACUGUCAAGACUCAGUUCAACAGACCUGGACCCCCCGACACCCCUGAAGUUACUAAGGUCAGUAAGGAGGAGAUGACUGUGGUCUGGGCUCCACCUGAGAACGAUGGAGGAAAGUCCAUCACCGGCUACAUUCUGGAGAGGAAGGAGAAGCGGGCGGUGCGCUGGGUGGCUUGCACGAAGAGCCCCAUCUCUGAAAGACGCAUGAAAGUGACAAACCUGAUUCCAAACCAUGAAUACCAGUUCAGAGUGAAAGCAGAGAACGAAGUCGGCCUUGGAGAACCAAGCAAACCCUGCAGACCUGUUGCAGCCAAAGAUCCUAUUGAACCACCUGGACCACCAGCAGGCCUGAAGGUUUCUGACAGCACAAAGACCUCCAUUACCCUGUCCUGGUCUAAACCCGUGUAUGACGGCGGCGCCCCCAUUAUUGGCUACAGCCUGGACUUGAGGCUGAAGAGCGACGCCGACCCAGAGAAACCCUCAGAGGGCUGGAAGAGAAUCGAUACCCGUGGCCCGCUGGUGAUCACAGAGUUCACUAUCGGCCAGUUGGAUGAGAAACAGGAGUAUGAGUUCAAAGUCUCCGCCCAAAACCAGGUGGGCUGGGGUCGCCACGCCUACCUGAAGGAGGCAGUGUCUCCCAAGGAGAUCCUUGAGGCCCCUGAAAUCGAGCUGGAUGCCAGUUUGAGGAAAGGCCUCGCCGUCAGGGCUGGGUGUCCCAUCCGGUUGUUUGCUGUGAUCAGAGGAAGGCCGGCACCCAAGGUGACCUGGAAGCGCCUGGGUGUGGACAACGUCAUACGCCGAGGUCACGUGGACCAGGUCGACACCAUGUGCUUCCUGGUGAUCCCUGAGAGCACCAGAGAGGAUUCUGGGAGAUAUGCAUUGACUCUGUCCAACUCGGCUGGAGAGAAAGCAGUGUAUGUCCGAGUCAAAGUUCUUGACACUCCUGGUCCGGUUGGCGGCUUGGACGCUACCAACAUAACUAAGACAACCGCUCAACUCUCCUGGUUGCCUCCGGAAAAUGAUGGUGGCAGCCCCAUUAUUAAUUACAUUGUGGAGAAACGGGAAGUGGAUAGAAAGACUUGGACCAAAUGCAUAGAGGACCUGAAGAAAACCAGCUUCAAGGUGACCAGCAUGACGCCAGGCAUCGAGUAUUACUUCAGAGUCAUGGCGUGCAACAAAUAUGGAAUUGGAGUUCCUCAGGAUUCUCCCAGGUCCUAUCUGGCUGUGGAUCCUAUAAGUGAGCCGGACCCACCUAAGAAGAUGGAUGUGUUGGAGAUUUCAAAGAACAGUGCCACGUUGGGCUGGCUGAAGCCCCUCAGAGACGGAGGAGCUAAGAUCAACGGUUAUGUCGUUGAUUAUCAGGAAGAGGGAGCUCCCGAGGACAAGUGGACACCUUACUCUGUCGUCAAAGAUCUGACCAUUGUGGUGGUUGGUCUGAAAGAAGGAAUGAAGUACAAGUUCAGAGUGGCAGCAAGGAACUCAGUCGGAGUAAGCUUGGCUCGCGAGGCGGAGGGAGUGUUUGAGGUCAAGGAGCAGCUCAUGGCUCCAAAGAUCAUCAUGCCCGAGAUUGUUACGGUGAGGGCCGGAUCGAAAAUGGUGAUUGAGGGCAUUGUGGCUGGUAAACCGGCUCCUUUCUGCAAGUGGAAGCAGGGCAACGAGGACGUACUGACCUCAGAUCGCCUGUCGGUCGUAAAGACUCUGACAACCUGUACCCUCAUCAUCAAGAAUGUGAACAGAAAGGACAGCGGCUACUACAGCCUGUCUGCCGAGAACAGCACCGGCAAGGUCAACCAGAUCCUCAGAUGCAUCGUCCAGGACAUCCCUGGACCUCCAAGUGGCCCUCUGGAGAUCUCAGAAUUGGAUAUUGAUGCUUGCACGCUGCUCUGGAACUCCCCGGAGGAAGAUGGGGGCAGCAACAUCACCAACUACAUUGUGGAGAAGUGUGACAUCAGCCAGGGUGACUGGAUCACCGUUUCAGUUUCCUGCACCAAGACCAGCUUCCGAAUGACCAAACUUACAACUGGAAAGGAGUACUGGUUCAGGGUCCGGGCUGAGAACAAGUCCGGCAUCUCUGAGCCCCUCUACUCUGAGAAGAUGAUUGCCAGAUAUCCGUUUGAUCCUCCAAGUGAACCCAGAAACCUGCAGAUCAACAAGAUCAACAAGGACUUUGUCAUUCUGUCUUGGGAGCGUCCCAGCAGUGACGGUGGAAGCCCCAUCACUGGUUUCUGCAUAGAGAAGAAGGAGAGGAACAGCCUGCUGUGGGUGAAGGCUAACGAGUCUGUGGUCAAAGCCACGCAGUACACCUGCACCGGCCUCAUCGAGGGCCUGGAGUACACCUUCAGGGUGUCGGCCUACAACAUGGCUGGACAGGGAAAACCCUGCAAACAGACCGACUUCAUCACCGCCAGAACUGCAAUUGACCCACCAGGUAAACCCGAAGCAAUGGAUGUGACCAAGAACUCUGUCUCAUUGGUCUGGAGCCGUCCCAAACAUGACGGUGGCAGCAAGCUGAUUGGCUACCAUGUGGAAUACACUAAGGUGCCAGAGGACAAAUGGACUUGCUGCAAUGCCAACUGCAUGAACAUCCGGACUGAGAGCUACGUGGUUCAGGGCCUGGAGGAGGGUCAGAGGUACCAGUUCAGAGUCAUUGCCAAGACUGCCAUCAACGUCAGCCUCCCGUCUGAGGUGUCGGAUCCCAUUGCUGUCAUUGCUGAGAAUGUUCCUCCCCGCGUUGAACUGGGCGUCAACAUGAAGAGCCUCAUUGUGGUAAAGGCAGGCGACAACGUCUUCCUGGAUGCUGAGGUUCACGGCAAACCCCUGCCUAAGGUGAGCUGGAAGAAAGACGGUGCGCCACUGGUGAUCACAGAGGGAAUGAAGGCAACGCAGAAGAAACACGUUCAUCUGCUGGAGCUCUACUCAGUCACCAGGAAGGAGACUGGAGACUACACCGUCCUCGCUGAAAACCUGAGUGGUAGCAAGUAUGCCACCAUUAAGGUCAAGGUGCUGGACAAACCCGGCCCUCCAGCCUCAAUAAAAAUCGCCAAAGUGUUUGCUGACCGUGUGAAGAUUCGCUGGGAGCCUCCACUCGCAGAUGGAGGAUCUGAAAUCACCAACUACAUUAUUGAGAAGCGUGAAACCAGCAGGGCCAACUGGGCGCUGGUAACCGCUAACAUCCACGGCCACAUCACCGACUGCUCAGUGGAAAAGCUCAUCGAGGGUCAUGAGUACCAGUUCAGAGUGAGUGCUGAGAACCAGUACGGUGUGGGAGACGCCACCAUGACUGACGCCGUAACCGUGAAGAACCCAUACGAUGUUCCUGGGCCAUGUGAGCCACCGGUCAUUACCAACAUCACCAAGGACUCCAUGACAGUCAGCUGGAAAGCCCCCGCCAAUGACGGCAAAGCUCCCAUCCUGGGUUACCUGGUGGAGAAGCGUGAGGCCACAGAGUUGGCCUGGGCUAAGGUUAACCGCCGACCCGUUAUCGACAGAACCAUCAAGGCAGUUCAGCUGACCGAAGGCUCAGAGUACGAAUUCAGAGUCAUCGCCUUGAACAAGGCCGGCCUGGGCAAACCCAGCGAUCCGUCCAACGCCGCUCUGGCUGUUGACCCCGUCUAUCCGCCUGGCCCACCUGCGUUCCCCAAGGUGGUGGACUCUACCAAGCAUUCGAUCAGCCUCAGCUGGACCAAACCAGCUUACGAUGGUGGCUGUGAGAUCAUUGGAUAUCUGGUGGAGUGCAAGCAAGCCGACGCCGAGGAGUGGACCAAGUGCAACGUCCCGAAGAAACUCCAGGCCACCAAAUUCGUGGUGACCAGCCUGAUGGAAAACACAGAGUACCAGUUCAGAGUCAUUGCCGUCAACAAGAUUGGCUACAGCGACCCCAGCGAGGUUCCUGGAAACCACAUGGCCAAGGACAUCCUGAUUGCCCCUGAAGGUGAGCUGGAUGCUGAUCUGAGGAAGGCUUUGGUUCUGCGAGCCGGCAUCACCAUGAGGCUGUACGUCCCGCUGAGGGGACGCCCGGCGCCCAAGGUGACAUGGACAAAGGUGGACGCCAACCUGAAGGAGAGGCAGGGCCUGCUGAUCAAGACGUCCGACUGGGACACCCUGCUAAUGAUUGAGGACAUUAACAGAUAUGAUGCAGGCAAAUAUGUCCUGUCUCUGGAGAAUAGCAGUGGAUCUAAGAGCUACACCAUCAUUGUUAAAGUCCUCGACUCACCUGGACCACCUGCCAACCUGACUGUGAAGGAGACCUCCAGGACCCACGCCUGGAUAAGCUGGGAGCCACCGCUGAUCGAUGGUGGAAGUCCAGUAAAAAGCUACGUUGUGGAGAAACGUUUGGCUGAGAGGAAGGCGUGGACCUGCGUCUCCGCUGAGUGCCACAAGACUUCCUUCAGGAUCACCAAUCUGGAGCCGGGUCAAGCAUACUGCUUCAGAGUUCUGGCUGAAAACGCUUAUGGCAUCGGAGAGGGCUGCGAGACGGCAGGCAGCGUCCGGGCCUCCGAACAACCUGGUCCAGUGACAGACUUCAGAGCCCAAAAGACCACCAAAGACUCUAUUACAUUGAGCUGGAAGAAACCCAUUAGUGAUGGCGGAAGCUACAUUACCUCUUACAUCCUGGAGCAGAGCGAAGGAGAGGAGAAAUGGAAGGAGAUUAUGAAGGGCAAGAACACCAGUCACACCAUCAGUGAGCUGGCAGAUGGCAAGGAGUAUUUAUUCCGGGCCAAGGCCCUCAACGAGUCUGGAGAAGGGCCACCAACUGAGCUCACUGCUGUUGCCAAGGACCAGUUUGUGCUGCCUGACUGCAACUUGAGCAGUCUUCAUGAUGGUUGCUGCGUGGUGAAGGAGGGCACCACCAUGCGCAUCAACAUCCCUGUCAUUGGAGUGCCUCACCCUACCGCCACCUGGAAGAAGGGCGACAUGGGACUUGGUGACACUGGCCGUAUAUGUGUUGAGGCCUCCCAGGGCAUUACCACUCUACUGGUCAGAGACUGCCAGAGAGGAGAUGCAGAUACCUACACCAUCAAUGUCAGGAAUAGCGCAGGCUCAAAGGACUGCAAGUUCCAGUUGAAGGUCGUUGGAAAGCCCGGAUUAUGCACUGGACCCAUCAAGUUUGACGAGAUAACUGCUGAUGGCAUCACCCUGGAGUGGGCACCGCCUAAAGACGAUGGAGGUGCAGAGGUGUCCAAUUACAUCGUUGAGAAGAGGAGGACAACAGACAACAAAUGGGCCACGGUGGCUUCAGCCAUCCAGAAGACCACCAUGAGGGUGAUCAGACUCCACGAUGGAAUAGAGUACAUCUUCAGAGUGUGUGCUGAGAAUAAGUACGGCAUCGGAGAGUUCCUGAGGUCUAACCCAGUCAUUGCCCAGCAUCCUUUCAAUGUACCUGAGGCGCCAGCUCCUCCUGAGAUUCUGAGCAUUCGACAUGAGUCAGCCAUUCUGACUUGGGCUGAUCCAAAAGACUCUGGUGGCUCCCCAAUCACUGGGUAUCACCUUGAGUUUAAGGAGAGAAACAGCCUGAUGUGGAAGCGAGCUAGUAAGACUCCUUUGAGAGUAAAGGAGUGUAGAGUUACGGGUCUCGUUGAAGGACUAGAGUAUGAGUUCAGGGUGAUGGCUAUGAAUGUGGCCGGCCUUGGAAAGGCAAGCAAAGUUACUGAGGCUGUUGUCGCCCUUGAUCCUAUUGAUCCACCUGGUAAACCAGAUGUGAUUAAUGUUACCAGGAACACAGUCACUCUAAUUUGGACUACUCCUAAAUAUGAUGGUGGCUAUAAGCUGACUGGCUAUAUGGUGGAGAAACUUGAGGCUGGUGGAAAGGCAUGGAUGAAGGCCAAUCACGUGAACAUCCAGAGCUGUGCUUUCACCGUUACAGACCUGACAGAAGGAGCUCAGUAUCAGUUUAGAAUCAGGGCCAAGAAUGCUGCUGGUGCUGUCAGUGUUCCCUCAGAGACCACUGAAUCACUGACCUGCAAGGAUGAGUAUGAGCCUCCAUCUAUCACUCUUGACCAAGAGAUGAAGGAGGUUGUGUCUGUCAAGGCAGGAGACACAAUUGUUAUCUCAGCUGCAAAGAUUGUGGGCAAACCUCCCCCAACUGCUUUCUGGUCCAAGGGGGGUCGUGAAUUCAAGAACUCUGACAUUGUCACUGUAACUAGCACUCCAACCUCUUCAACCCUUUCUAUCAAGUAUGCAAGCCGGAAGAAUACUGGAGAGUACACAAUUAAUGCUAGUAACCCAUUUGGUAUUAAGGAAGAACACAUUAAAGUAAAGGUCCUAGAUGUUCCUGGACCACCAGGCCCUAUUGAAGUCAGUAACAUUUCAGCUGAGAAGUGUACCCUGACCUGGCUUCCACCUGAAGAGGACGGAGGCUCCUCUAUCAAGUCCUACAUCCUUGAGAAGAGAGAGACUAGCCGCUUGCAGUGGACCAAAGUUGCGGAAAAUAUUAUGGACUGCAGACAUGUAGCCAGUAAACUGAUCAAGGGCAAUGAGUACAUCUUUAGAGCGUGUGCUAUAAACCAGUAUGGCACAGGAGACUCUAGCCUGUCUGGUCCCGUCAAAAUGGCUGACAGCUUUGGUCCACCAGGUCCACCCUCAGCUCCAGAGGUAGAUAAUGUCAGUCGGAAUGCUGUUACCAUUUCAUGGAAGAGACCUGUACAGGAUGGAGGAAGUGACAUUAGAGGAUAUUGUGUAGAAAGGAAAGAAAAAAGAGGAAUGAGAUGGGUGAGAGCCUGCAAGAGGACAGUUCCUGACCUUCGCUUCAAGGUGCAAGGCCUGAGUGAGGGAGUAGAGUAUGAGUUUAGAGUCACUGCUGAGAAUAAAGCUGGAUUUGGGCCGCCAAGUGAGCCAUCGCGCCCUGUAAUGACAAAGGAUAUUGUAUAUCCACCUGGUCCUCCAUCCAACCCUAGAAUUACAGAAACCACAAAAACUACAGCAGCCUUUGCUUGGGGCCGUCCUCAUUAUGAUGGUGGUCUUGAAGUAGAAGGUUACAUUGUUGAGUAUAAAAAGGAGGGUCAUGAUGACUGGGAGACAGAGACACAAUAUCCAGUUAAAGUUACUGAAUAUGUCAUUGGUAAACUUCAAAAAGGAGGCAAAUACCACUUCAGAGUUAGUGCUGUAAACUCUGAGGGAGUCGGUGAGCCUGCAGAGGUCGAGAAAGUGACUGAACUAGUUUACCAGGAAACGAUACCAGACUUUGAGUUGGAUGCAGAGCUCAGGAAAACUCUGGUUGUCAGAUGCCGUGCUUCAAUUCGUCUAUUUGUUCCUAUCAAGGGCCGUCCUGUUCCUGAAGUCACUUGGAGCAAAGAAAAUACCAACCUGAAAGCACGUGCACACAUUGAUACAACAGAGUCCUACACUCUACUGGUUAUUCCUGAUUGCACUAGGUACGACGCAGGAAAAUACCAUCUCUCUUUGGAGAAUGUUGCUGGUAAGAAGUCAGGCUUUGUCAACGUGAAAGUUCUGGACACACCUGGACCUCCAGUCAACCUUAAACCAAGAGAGAUCACUAAAAACAGCAUAACUCUCCAGUGGGAAAUCCCUAUUAUUGAUGGAGGGUCCAAGAUUCAUAACUACAUAAUUGAAAAGAGAGAUGCUACAAAGAAGGCUUAUACAGUGCUUAGCACCACAUGGCAAAAGUGUUCUUUUAAAUUUCAAGACCUUGAGGAGGGAGCUUACUACUACUUCCGUGUUUCUGCUGAAAAUGACCUUGGUGUAGGUGAACCUGCUGAAACCCCUGAGCCCAUAAGAGUAUCUCAAGCCCCCUCUGCACCAGAUAACUUGUAUGUUACUGAUUUGACCAAUGACAGCGCAAGUCUUGCAUGGACCAAGCCUCUUCAUGAUGGCGGUAGCUUGAUUACAGGUUAUGUCAUUGAGGCUCAAAAGAAAGACACUGAUCAAUGGGUCCACAUAACCACCAUUAAGGCUCUAGAUUAUACUGUGACAGAUCUGAUUGAGGGUGCUGAAUACAUCUUCCGUAUAAUGGCUGUCAAUGCAUCAGGCAGGAGUGAUCCUCGUGAGAGCCGGCCAGCUGUGAUUAAAGAGCAAACUUCUGCUCCAUCUUUUGACCUGAGAGGAGUCUACCAGAAAACUGUAAUUGCCAAAGCAGGGGACCGUGUUAAGGUGGAGAUUCCAGUGUUGGGAAAACCCAGGCCUGUUGUGUCAUGGAAGAAAGGAGACAUGGCUCUUAAGGAAACACAAAGAAUCAACACUGAAACCACAGCAACAUCAACAAUCCUAAACAUCAGUGAGAUCAAAAGAACUGAUGAAGGCCAGUAUUCCAUGACUGGAAAGAAUAUCCUGGGCACACUGACAGAAACCAUCACAGUCCUGGUCCAUGACAUUCCAGGUCCUCCUACUGGUCCUGUCAAGCUGGAAGAGGUGUCUUGUGAUUAUGUUAUUAUGUCCUGGGAACCACCAGAGAAUGAUGGAGGUGUUCCUAUAAACAAUUAUAUUGUUGAGAUGCGUGAGACUACAGGUACUUCAUGGGUGGAGUUGGCAGCUACAGUUAUUCGCACCACAUUCAAAGCAGCACGACUUAAUACUGGAACCCAGUAUCAGUUCCGUAUCAAGGCUCAGAACAGAUAUGGCGUUGGACCAUGUGUUCUGUCUGAACCAGUGUUUGCUGCCUAUCCAUUUGAUGUGCCAGGCCAGCCUGGCAUUCCUGUAGUUACAGCUUUCAACAAAGAUUCAAUGACUCUUAGUUGGAAUGAGCCAUCUUCUGAUGGAGGCAGUCCUAUUCUUGGGUAUCAUGUGGACAGAAAAGAGAAAAACAGUAUCCUGUGGCAGAGGAUCAGCAAAGCUCUUGUUAUUGGAAACAUCUUUAAAUCAUCAGGCCUUGUUGAUGGCAUUGCAUAUGAACACCGUGUCAUUGCUGAAAACAUGGCUGGUCUCAGCAAACCUAGCAAACCCUGUGAGGCUACAUAUGCUUUGGACCCAGUUGACUCACCAGGUAGGCCUGUGGCAUUGAAUAUCACCAGACAUGAGGUGACAUUGUCAUGGACCAAACCAGAAGGUGACGGAGGAUUUUCUAUUACGGGAUACACAGUGGAGAGGAAGGAGAUGCCUAAUGGACGCUGGCUUAAAGCAAAUUUCAACAACAUUCUAGAAACCAUGUUCACAGUCAGUGGUCUGACUGAAGAGGCAACCUAUGAGUUCCGUGUGCUUGCUCGAAACUCAGCUGGUGCUGUUAGUGCUCCAUCACAGCCAUCAGAAGCCAUCACAUGCAGAGAUGACAUUGAAGAACCCAGGCUUGAUAUUGAUGCAUCAUAUAGCAGUAAUGUUGUAGUAAUGGCAGGAGAACCAUUCAAGUUGGAAGCCAGUGUAACCGGCAGGCCAAUUCCUUCUCUAGUAUGGACCAAGGAAGGAAAGGAGCUGGAGGACACAGCUAAAAUAGAAAUUAAGACAUCUGACUUCCACACAACCUUAAUCGGCAAAGAUUCUCUAAGGAGAGACGGUGGUGCUUUUACCCUGACUGCAAGCAAUCCUGGUGGAUUUGCAAAGUUCACUUUUAAUGUUAAAGUACUCGACAGACCUGGACCACCAGAUUCCCUUUCAGUUACGGACGUUGCUGCAGAAAAAUGUGUGCUUAACUGGCUGCAUCCAACACAUGAUGGUGGUGCCAAAAUUGAAUACUUCAUCAUACAGAGGCGUGAGACCAGUAGGUUGGCAUGGACAAAUGUAGCCACAGACCUUCAAGCAAACAGGUUUAAGGUCACAAAGCUUCUUAAAGGAAAUGAGUAUAUUUUCAGAGUAAUGGCUGUCAAUAAGUAUGGCAUAGGUGAACCCCUUGAAUCAGAGCCUGUGACUUGUGUCAACCCAUAUGGUCCCAGUGACCCACCAACGCAGCCUGAGGUCACAACUAUCACCAAAGACUCAAUGGUUGUCUGCUGGGAGCGUCCUGAACAUGAUGGAGGCAGUAGAAUUAAUACAUACAUAAUUGAAAGAAGGGAUAAGACAGGUCUACGUUGGGUGAAAUGUAACAAGAGGACUGUGACAGAUUUGCGAUUCAAGGUCUCUGGUCUCACACAAGGUCACGAGUAUGAAUUUAGAGUUUUUGCUGAAAAUAAUGCUGGUCUCAGUAAGCCCAGCUCUUCUAGUCCAUUCUACAAGGCUGUUGACACAAUCUUUCAGCCUGGACCUCCAGGAAACCCAAGAGUGCUUGACACCUCUAAAUCAUCCAUUACUAUCGCCUGGAAUAAACCUGUUUAUGAUGGUGGUUCUGAAAUCACUGGUUACAUUGUGGAGACUUGCCUGCCUGAGGAGGAUGAGUGGACAAUUCAUACUCCUAAGAAAGGAUGGACAGCCACAUCUUUUACCAUUACUAGUCUGAAAGAAAACCAGGAGUAUAAAAUCAACAUCUGUGCAACAAAUUCUGAAGGGGUGGGAGAACCUGCUGCUGUACCUGGAACCCCUAAGGCCGAAGACAGAUUAAUUUCGCCUGAAAUUGAACUUGGAGCUGAGCUACGUAAAGUUGUUUCCAUCAGAGCCUGUAGCACACUCAGACUUUUUGUCCCCAUCAAGGGAAGGCCAGCACCAGAAGUAAAAUGGUCAAGAGAGCAUGGAGAAUCCCUGGACAAGGCUAACAUUGACAUUACCCCAUCAUUCACAACUCUUCAGAUAGACAAUGUUGACAGGUUUGAUGGAGGUAAAUAUUUGGUGACAGUAGAGAAUGCCUCAGGAAGUAAAACAGCUUUUGUUAAUGUUAGAGUACUAGAUACUCCUGGACCACCUCAGAAUCUCAUUGUUAAGGAGGUCACAAGAGAUUCAGUUUCCCUGGUUUGGGAUGCACCUCUCAUAGAUGGGGGCUCCAGAGUCCGCAGCUACAUUGUGGAGAAGCGUGAGUCAACCAGGAAAGCCUACUCAACCGUAUGUGCCAGCUGCCAUAAGUCUAGUUGGAAAGUGGGAGACCUGGAAGAAGGAAAAUUGUACUUUUUUAGAAUAGUUGCUGAAAACGAAUUCGGUAUUGGUCUCCCAGUUGAAACCAUUGAACCAAUUAAGGCAUCAGAAAAGCCUCUGCCACCUGGCAAAGUAUCUCUCCUUGAAGUUACCGGAAGAAGUGUCACACUAACUUGGGAAAAACCAGACCAUGAUGGAGGAAGCAGAAUUACAGGCUAUAAUGUUGAGAUGCAAUGUAAAGGAAGUGAAAAAUGGACACAAGUGAUGGUGGUAAAGACAAACGAGGCCCAAGUAACUGGACUCACAUAUGGAGAGGAGUAUACGUUCCGAAUCUCUGCAUUCAAUGAAAAGGGUGUUAGUGACGCCCGGCCUCUCAAUGUACCUGUGGUGGCUAAAGAUUUAGUAAUACCACCAGCUUUCAAACUGAUUUUCAGCACAUUCAGUGUACUGGCAGGAGAUGAUCUUAAGAUUGAUGUACCAUAUGUUGCCUGUCCUAAGGCUACUGCAACUUGGCUGAAGGAUGAUGUCAUUCUCAAAGAAACAACAAGAGUUAAUGCUGAGGCCACAGACAAAAACCUCCUUCUUAUCAUUAAGGAGGCUUGCAGAGACGAUGUGGGCAAAUAUACUAUAAAACUAAACAAUACUGCUGGGGAGGCUACAACAGAUAUCAGUGUUGUUGUCUUGGACAAACCUGGUCCUCCAACUGGCCCGAUCAAGCUGGAUGAUGUCACAGCAGACAGUGUUGUCUUGUCUUGGGAUCCACCACAAUAUGAUGGAGGUUGCUCAAUCAACAAUUACAUUGUAGAGAAGAGAGAUACCUCAACUACAAACUGGCAGAUUGUGUCUGCUACUGUAGCUAGAACAACCAUCAAAGCGGCUCGUCUGAAGACUGGUUCAGAGUAUCAAUUUCGAAUUGCUGCAGAAAAUAGAUAUGGCAAGUCAUCUUUUCUAAUUUCUGAUAGCAUUGUUGCGCAGUAUCCAUUUGAGGUGCCCAGUUCACCACGAUCUGUUGUGGUAAAGUCAGCCACCAAAGAGACCAUGACUGUUGUGUGGGAGAAUCCCAGCAAUGACGGUGGAAGCAAAAUUCUGGGCUACCACUUAGAACUUAAAGAGAGAAACAGCAUUCUCUGGGUGAAACAAAACAAGCAGAUAAUCCCAGAAACCAGAUUUAAAGUGGUUGGACUUGAAGAGGGCAUUGAAUACGAGUUUAGAGUGUAUGCUGAGAAUAUCGUUGGCCUCAGCAAACCUAGCAAGGUGAGUGAAAUCCAAGUAGCCAGGGAUCCUUGUGACAGACCCGGAAAACCAGAGGCUGUCAUUGUAACAAGAAGCCAAGUGACACUGAGAUGGACCAAGCCUGAAUUUGAUGGUGGCAUCAAAAUCACUGGUUAUGUUGUUGAGAAAAAAGAGGCAAGUGGGCGUUGGAUGAAGGCCAGUUUUGCCAACAUUAUUGAAACUGAAUUUGUUGUCACAGGACUUACUGAGGAUCAAACCUAUAAUUUCCGUGUCAUUGCCAAAAAUGCAGCCGGUGUCUUUAGCCAACCAUCUGAUUCUUCUGGAUCCAUCACUGCCAAGGAUGAGAUUGAUCCACCAAAAAUUGACCUGGAAGCUAAAUACUCCCAGGUUGUGGUUGUAAAUGCCGGAGAGACAUUUAAACUUGAGGCUGCUAUUUAUGGUAAGCCAGUGCCCACUGUACACUGGCUGAAAGAAGGUACUGAGAUUACAGAAGCAGCUCGUUUAGAAAUCCAUAAUACCGAUUUUUCAGCUUGUCUAAUUGUUAAGGAAGUUAUUCGUGUUGAUGGAGGACAGUACACAUUGCUGGUAAAGAAUGUUGGUGGAGAAAAAGUUAUUAACAUUAAUGUCAAGGUAUUGGACAGACCAGGUCCACCUGAGGGCCCUAUCUCUAUUUAUGGUGUCACCAGUGAGAAAUGUUCAAUUUCCUGGAAACCUCCCUUGCAAGAUGGAGGUAGUGAUAUCUCCCAUUAUAUUGUUGAGAGAAGGGAAACCAGCAGGCUGGUAUGGACUGUAGUUGAGCAAAAGGUUCAGACCCUAAAUCUAAAAAUCACCAAACUUCUUCCUGGUAAUGAAUACAUCUUCAGAGUGAUCCCUGUCAACAAAUAUGGUAUUGGUGAGCCUUUGGAAUCUGAGUCGAUGAUUGCCAAAAAUCCAUUUGUCGCACCAAGUCCACCAACUGACGUAGAUGUUUCUUCAAUUACUAAGGACUCUAUGGUGGUAACCUGGGAGAGACCAAAUAAUGAUGGUGGGAAUUCCAUUCAGGGGUAUGUCAUUGAGAAACGUGAUAAGGAUGGUGUGAGAUGGACAAGGUGCAACAAGCGCAGUGUGACAGAGUUGCGUUUCAGAGUAACAGGACUCAUAGAAAACCAUAGCUAUGAAUUCAGAGUAGCUGCUGAGAAUGCUGCUGGAAUUGGUACACCUAGCACACCAACAGUGUACUACAAAGCAUUGGAUCCUGUUUUCAAACCAGGCCCACCCAACAACCCCAAGGUAGUAGACACUUCUAGGUCUACUGUAUCUCUUACAUGGGGUAAGCCCAUAUAUGAUGGUGGAAGUGAGAUCAAGGCUUACAUUGUUGAAGCAAAUGAUGUAGCAGCUGAUGAGUGGUUUAUGUGCACUCCACCCACUGGAAUAACAGACACUAAAUUCACAGUGAAAAAGCUUCUGGAAAAGCAUGAGUACCAGUUUAGAGUUUGUGGAAUCAACAAAAUUGGUGUUGGUGAACAUGCUGAUGUGCCUGGUAAAAUACUUCUUGAAGAGAAGCUUGAGGCUCCUGACCUUGAAUUAGAUGCUGAUAUGAGAAAAAUGAUCAACAUCAGAUCAGCUUGCACACUCAGGUUGUUUGUACCCGUGAAAGGGCGGCCAGCUCCUGAGCUGAAAUGGGGAAAGGUUGAAGGUGAGAUUAAAGAGACUGCCCAAAUUGACAACACAGGAAGCUAUGCUUCACUUACCAUUGAGAAUGUUGACCGAUUUGACAGUGGCAAAUACACACUGACUGCAGAGAAUGCCAGUGGAGUUAAAUCAGUGUUCAUCAGUGUCAGAGUCCUGGAUUCUCCUAGUCCACCAACUAACUUAACAGUUAAAGAGAUUACUAAGAACUCUGUCACUCUUUCAUGGGAACCUCCACUUCUGGAUGGUGGUUCAAAGAUUAAGCAUUAUAUUGUUGAGAAGCGUGAAAGCACAAGAAAGGUUUAUACUACCAUUACAACAUGUAACAAGAUGUCAUGGAAAGUUGAACCUCUUCCAGAGGGUGGAAUCUUCUUCUUUAGGGUCUUGGCUGAGAAUGAAUAUGGUGUGGGUCUCCAAGCUAAAACUAUGGAGCCAAUUAAAAUAUCUGAGAAGCCUCAGCCACCCGGUAAGGUUAGUGUUCUUGACGUCACUCACAGUACUGUUACUCUAAGGUGGGAGAAAUCUGAACAUGAUGGUGGUAGUAGGAUCAGUUAUUAUGAAAUUGAAAUGGCUCCUAAGGACAGUGAGGCAUGGACUGUGUGUGCUAGUGUAAAAGGGCUUGAGACAGUAGUGAGCAACCUUCUCAAGGGAGAGGAAUAUCAGUUCAGAGUUGUUGCUGUAAAUGAGAAAGGUAAAAGUGACCCAAGACAACUGGCUCAAUCAGUUGUAGCCAAGGACCUAAUCAUUGAACCUUCUGUGAGACCCAAAUCAAGUUCCUACAGUGUUCAGGUGGGAAAUGACCUCAAGAUAGAGGUUCCAGUUGCUGGUCAUCCAAAACCAACCAUAAGCUGGACUAAGGAUGGAGUGGCACUUAAGCAGACCACCAGAGUAAAUGUCAGUGACUCAGCACAUCACACCACUCUAACCAUAAAGGAUGCCACCAGAGAGGAUGGUGGUAUGUACACUGUCACUAUUGCUAAUGCCUUGUGUUCCAAGGAUGCCACUAUUGAAGUUAUCACCCUGGAUAAACCAGGACCACCAACAGGUCCAAUCAAAAUUGAUGAUGUUAGUGCUGAAAGUGCCACUCUUAAUUGGGAACCUCCCUCAUACACAGGUGGCUGUCCAAUCUCCAACUAUGUAGUGGAAAAGAGAGACACAACUACAACCAAUUGGGUUGUUGUGUCUGCCACUGUGGCUAGAACAACUUUAAAGGUUGCCAAUCUCAAGACUGGUGGUGAAUACCAGUUUAGAAUCUUUGCUGAAAACAGAUAUGGAAAGAGUUACGCAAUUGAUUCAGUGCCUGUUGUAGCACAAUAUCCAUUCCAAGAACCUGGACCACCAGGAACACCAUUUGUUUCCUCAUACACUAAAGACUACAUGGUGGUCGAGUGGCAUAAACCUCCAUCUGAUGGAGGCAGUGCCAUUUUGGGUUAUCAUUUGGAGAGGAAAGAGAAAAAUAGUAUCCUGUGGACAAAGAUCAACAAAAUGCUCAUUCAAGAUUGUAAAUUCAAGUCUACUCCUCUUGAGGAAGGCAUUGAGUAUGAGUAUAGAGUAUAUGCUGAGAAUAUAGUUGGCAUUGGAAAAUGCAGCAAAGUCUCAGAAGUUUAUGUAGCCCGUGACCCAUGUGAUCCUCCUGGCCGUCCAGAGGCUGUAAUUGUAACCAGACACUCGGUGAUGCUGAGAUGGACACCCCCUCAAUAUGAUGGUGGAAGCAUUGUAACUGGCUAUUUAAUGGAGAAACGUGACCUUCCAGAGGGAAAAUGGAUGAAAGCUAGUUUCACAAACAUUAUUGAAAAUGAAUUUACAGUUACUGGCCUUACAGAAGACAGUAAAUAUGACUUCAGAGUGAUUGCAAGGAAUGCCGCUGGUGCUGUCAGCAAGCCCUCUGAGAGCACAGGAUCCAUAACAGCUAAGGAUGAAGUUGAGCCACCCAAGUGUGAAACUGAUCCUAUAUACAAUCAGACAAUUGUCCUUAAUGCUGGAGAGACUUUCAGUCUGGAGGCUAGUGUAGAAGGAAAGCCCAUCCCAACAGCCCAGUGGUUCAAAGGAAGUGUUGAAGUUGAAAACUCAGCAAGAGCUGAAAUUAAAAACACUGAUUUUAAAGCAUUACUUGUAGUAAAGGACUCCAUCAGAGUGGAUGGCGGACAGUACACUUUGGUUCUGACAAAUGUUGCAGGAACUAAGACGGUCCCGUUCACUGUGAAGGUUCUUGAUAGACCAGGCCCAUCCGAGGGACCCCUCACAGUCAGUAAUGUUACUGAGGAGAAAUGCUCACUGUCAUGGCUGCCACCCAGGCAUGACGGAGGAGCAAGCAUUUCUCACUACAUUAUUCAAAAGAGAGAAACUAGCCGCUUGGCUUGGACUGUGGUCUCCAGUGAUUGUGGAGCUACAAUGUUCAAGGUUACCAAACUAUUGAAAGGCAAUGAGUACAUCUUCAGAGUUUUGGCUGUCAACAAGUAUGGAGUAGGGGAACCUCUGGAAUCUGAGCCAGUUAUCAUGAGAAAUCCAUUUGUUCCUCCUGGUUCACCUUGUGAACUAGAAAUCACUAACAUUACUAGGGAUUCAAUGACUGUUUGCUGGAACCGCCCACAGUCUACAGGAGGAAGUGACAUUGCUGGUUACAUUAUUGAAAAGAGAGACAGAGCUGGAGUGAGAUGGACCAAGUGCAAUAAACGUAGAGUGACUGAUUUGCGUUUUAGAGUAACAGGUCUCACUGAGGACCAUGAUUAUGAGUUCAGGGUAUCUGCUGAAAAUGCAGCUGGAGUGGGCCAGCCAAGCCCACCUACACCUUAUCUCAAAGCCUGUGACCCUACUUUUGAACCAGGUAUUCCCACUAAUGCCCACGUAGUUGACACAACAAAAGAUUCCAUCAGCUUAGCUUGGCACAGGCCUAUAUAUGAUGGGGGUUGUGAAAUUCAAGGAUAUGCUGUUGAAAUAACCAAGGCAGAAGAAGAGGAAUGGACUAUUUGCACACCACCCACUGGAGUGAAUCUUACCAAGUUUACCAUCAAAAACCUGAUAGAACAUCAAGAAUACAAGGUGCGUGUCUGUGCUAUGAAUAAAAUUGGUGUUGGUGAGCCCACCGAAAUUCUGGGAGUUGUAAUCCCUGUGGAUAAAAUUGACCCCCCAGAGAUGAUUUUGGAUUCAGAGCUCAGGAAGGGAAUAGUUGUUCGUGCAGGAGGCUCAAUGAGAAUCUGUGUGCCUUUUAAGGGCCGUCCCACUCCUGACGUAAGCUGGGCUAAAGAGGAUGGUGAACUGCCCAGUAAAGCACAGAUUGAGACUGCUGAACAUUUCACACAGCUCUCUAUUGACAUUUGUGAUAAAUAUGAUGCUGGAAAAUACAUCCUCAAUGUAGCAAACAGUGCUGGUAGCAAAUCAGCUUUUGUCUCUGUUAAAGUUCUGGACACUCCAGGGGCUCCAUUAAAUCUUAAAGUUAAAGACAUAAAGAGGGAGAGUGUCACUUUGACUUGGGAACCCCCUGUAAUUGAUGGUGGCUCAAGAAUAAAGAAUUACUUGGUUGAGAAGCGUGAGUCAACCAGGAAGGUGUACUCUAAUGUAGACAAUAAAUGUACAAAGACAAGUUACCGUAUCACAGGUCUUACUGAGGGAACGAUUUAUUACUUUAGAGUCUUAGCAGAAAAUGAAUUUGGUGUUGGACAACCAGUUGAAACAAAAGAAUCUGUUAAAACAUCUGAGCCACCUUUAUCUGUGGGUAAAGUUAAUUUGACUGAAGUCACAAAAACCACAGCCUCACUCUCCUGGGAGAAACCAGUCCAUGAUGGAGGCAGCAGGAUCAUUGGAUACUACAUUGAGAUGCAGCCUAUGGGAUCAGAAGAAUGGGUUGUGGCUGCCACAACUAAGACCUGUGAGGGUACUGUUACUGGUCUAAGUGCAGGACAUGAGUACCUUUUUAGAGUAUCAGCCUUCAAUGAAAAAGGAAAGAGUGACCCAAGGCCUCUGGCUGCAGCAGUUACUGCUAAAGAUGUUACUGUUGAACCUGGAUUCAAGAUGAGAUUCAAUACCUACAGCUUACAACAAGGCGAGGAUCUGAAAAUUGAGAUUCCAGUUCUUGGACGUCCUGUUCCAAAGGUUGAAUGGAAAAAGGAAGGACAACUUCUUAAAGAGACAACUAGAAUAAAUGUAUCAAGCACACCAUCAUCUACAAAGUUGGUAAUCAAAGAUGCCAGUAAAGAAGAUGCUGGCAAGUACACUAUUACAGCAACCAGCAGCAUUGGAACAGCUACAGAGGAGAUUACUGUUAUCAUUCUUGACAAACCUGGACCUCCUACAGGCCCUGUGAAGAUUGAUGAAGUGAGUUCUAAUUUUGUUACUCUCUCCUGGGAACCACCAGAGUAUACUGGAGGUUGUCAGAUCAACAACUACAUUGUAGAGAAGAGAGACACCACUACUACUGUGUGGCAAAUUGUUUCUGCUACAAUAGCCAGGACAACCAUAAAAGUCAGCAAUUUGAAGACUGGCACUGAAUAUCAAUUUAGAGUCUCAGCUGAGAAUAGAUAUGGAAAGAGUUCAGCUAUUGUCUCUCCUGCUGUGGUUGCCAAGUAUCCAUUCAGUGAGCCUUCUGCCCCUGGAAUACCAGUUAUUACAUCUGCAACCAAAGAGAACAUGGUUGUUGAAUGGAAACCCCCCACCAACAAUGGGGGUAGUCCAAUUCUAGGCUAUCACCUGGAGAGAAAGGAGAAGAACAGCCUUUUAUGGGCCAAACUAAACAAGCUUCUUAUUCCAGAUGCACGAUUUAAAACCACAGAAUUGGAAGAGGGUAUAGAGUAUGAAUUUAGAGUUUAUGCUGAGAACAUUGCUGGCCUCAGCCCAGCUAGCAAGGUCUCAGAGAGCACAGUAGCCAGGGAUCCAUGUGACCCACCAGGCACUCCUGAGGCUAUUGAAAUCACCAGAAACCAUAUCACACUUCAAUGGACCAGACCCCAGUACGAUGGAGGCAGUGCAAUCACUGGGUAUUUGAUUGAGAGGAGGAAGCACCCAGAUAAACGCUGGAUGAAAGCAAGCUUCACCAACAUCAUUGAUACCCAAUACACUCUCACUGGGCUCACUGAGGAUCGUGUUUAUGAGUUUAGAAUCAUUGCUAGGAAUGCUGCUGGUAUUUCUAGUUGCCCAUCUGAAAGCACAGGAGAAAUAACAGCUAAAGAUGAAAUUGAGGCUCCAGAUGCCACCAUGGAUUCUAAGUUCAAAGAUCUCACAGUUGUUCAUGCUGAUGAGACAUUUAUCAUUGAUGCUGAUUACACUGGUAAGCCUCUGCCUGAGGUCACAUGGUUAAAGGAUGGAAAGGAAAUUGACAAAGCUACAGCAAGAAUGGAAAUCAAGACCACACUUACCCGCACCAUCCUGACAGUUAAAGACUGUAUACGAGUUGAUGGUGGCCACUUUGUUCUCAAGCUUGUUAAUGUGGGUGGAGUCAAAAUGAUCCCAGUUAAUGUAAAGGUUUUGGACAGACCUGGUCCUCCAGAUGGACCAUUAGAAGUGAAAGGAGUGACAGCUGAAAAAUGUUAUCUGCACUGGAGCCAUCCUUCACAUGAUGGUGGAGCUAGCAUCUCUCACUAUAUCAUUGAAAAGAGGGAAACCAGUCGUUUGUCAUGGACCAUGGUUGAGCCAAAUAUCCAGGCAAUCAGCUACAAAAUUACAAAGCUGCUUCCUGGAAAUGAAUACAUCUUUAGAGUUACUGCUGUGAAUAAAUAUGGAGUUGGUGAACCUUUAGAAUCUGAGCCUGUUGUUGCCCGUAAUCCAUUCACCACUCCCAGUGCACCCUCCACUCCUGAAGAAAGUGCUAUUACUAGGGAUUCCAUUGUGCUUACUUGGGAGAGGCCAGAGAAUAAUGGAGGAGCUGAGAUUGAAGGAUAUGUACUUGAAAAACGUGAUAAGGAUGGCGUCAGGUGGACCAAGUGCAACAAGAAGAGACUGACUGACUUGAGAUUUAGGUGUGGUGGUCUCACAGAGGGCCAUUCCUAUGAAUUCCGGGUCUCAGCUGAAAAUGCCGCAGGUGUUGGAAAGCCUAGCACACCGACACAGUACAUCAAAGCAUGUGAUGCCACUUAUCCACCAGGACCUCCAAAUAACCCCAAAGUCACUGACCAUUCCAGCACGACAGUCUCCCUUUCCUGGUCAAGACCUAUCUAUGAUGGUGGAGCACAUAUUACUGGAUAUGUUGUUGAAAUGAAGGAGGCAUUAGAUGAUGAAUGGAUUGUUUGCACACCUCAUACUGGUGUCCAAGACACUCACUACACUGUAAAGAAGUUAAAGGAGAAUGCAGAAUACAAUUUCCGCAUAUGUGCCAUGAACUGUGAGGGAGUAGGGGAUCAUGUGGACCUCCCAGGGUCUGUGAUUGCGGCAGAGAAGUUGCAGGCUCCUGAAAUUGAACUAGAUGCUGACCUGAGAAAGAUGGUCAAUGUUCGUGCCACUGCAACACUACGUCUUUUUGUGACUAUCAGAGGAAAACCUGAGCCUGAAGUCAAGUGGUCAAAGGCUGAUGGCACUCUAAAUGAGCGUGCUCAGAUUGAAGUCACAAGCUCAUACACAAUGCUUGUGAUUGAAAAUGUUGACAGAUUUGACACCGGCAAAUAUGUACUAACCCUUGAGAACCUUAGUGGCUCUAAAUCAGCUUUUAUCAAUGUUAGAGUUUUGGAUUCACCCAGUGCUCCAACAAACCUACAAGUUAAGGAUGUAAAGAGACAUUCUGUCUCUCUUUCCUGGGAGCCUCCUCUGAUUGAUGGUGGAGCAAAGAUAUCACACUAUAUUGUGGAGAAGAGAGAGCAGAAGCGAAUGGCUUUCACCAGUGUUAGCACCAAUUGUGUAAGGAACUCAUACAUUAUUUCUGACCUGCAAGAGGGAGUUAGAUACUUUUUCCGUGUGUUGGCUGUAAAUGAGCUAGGAGUUGGUCUGUCAGCUACAACAGAUCAAGUCAAAGUUUCAGAGGCACCUUUGCCCCCUGGUAAAAUAACUGUGGUUGAUGUGACUCGUCACACUGUCACCCUUUCAUGGGAAAAACCAGAUCAUGAUGGUGGCAGCAAAAUUACAAGCUACAUAGUGGAGAUGCAGCCUAAGGGAGAUGAAAAAUGGACAGUGUGCAGUGACGCUAAGGCACUAGAAGCUACUAUUGAAGGACUUAUUACUGGUGAGGAAUACUCCUUCAGAGUAACUGCUGUGAAUGAUAAGGGUAGGAGUGAUACCAAACCUCUGGCUAUGCCUGUGUUAGUAAAAGACAUCACAAUGGAACCUACCAUCAACUUGCUUUUCCAUACAUACACUGUAAAAGCAGGAGAUGAUUUGAAAAUUGAUGUUCCUUUGAAAGGCAGACCUCAACCUGAGGUAUCCUGGAAGAAGGAUGGCAGUGCACUAAAGCAAACUACUAGGGUAAAUGUUCUGAAUUCAAAGACCUCAUCAAAGAUCACAAUCAAAGAUGCCACCAAAGAUGAUGUUGGAAAAUAUGAGAUCACUUUGACUAAUUCAAUUGGCACAAAGACAGCUGAAAUUUCAGUAAUAAUUCUGGAUAAACCAGGUUCACCCAGCAACAUUAGGGCGGACGAGGUGAGUGCCGACUUUAUCUCCCUGUCCUGGGAUGCUCCAACCUAUGAUGGUGGGUGCCAGAUUAACAACUAUGUUGUGGAGAAGAGAGACACUACCUCUACCACAUGGCAAAUUGUCUCAGCUACAGUAGCCAGGACAUCCAUAAAGGUUUCCCGUCUCACUCAGGGCACAGAGUACCAAUUCCGCAUUGCAGCUGAAAACCGUUAUGGCAAGAGUCCAGCAAUUGAUUCUGCUCCUGUUGUUGCACAAUAUCCAUUUGAGCCUCCUGGCCCUCCAACCAAUCUUCAUGUUGCCCAUGCCACCAAGACAGGCAUGCUUGUAGUCUGGGGCAGACCUGCCAAUGAUGGUGGAAGCCCUGUCAUUGGUUAUCAUGUUGAAUCCAAAGACCAAAGCAGCAUUUUGUGGACCAAAGUCAGUAGAGGUCUGCUGACUGAAAACCAAUUUAAGAUGACAGGCAUCGAAGAAGGCCUGUCAUACCAGUUUAGAGUCUAUGCUGAGAAUAUUGCUGGCAUUGGUCCAUGCACUAAAUCUUGUGAACCAGUUGCAGCCAGGGACCCAUGUGAAUCUCCACAUAACCUUAAAGUCACAAAUAUCACCAGAAACUCCGUUUCUCUCUUCUGGGAUCCACCUGAAUAUGAUGGUGGAGUGAAAAUUGUUGGAUACAUAGUGGAGUGCAAAGAGCUCCCUAAUGGUCGCUGGCUAAAGUGUAACUUCACCAAUCUACAGGAGACUUACUUUGAUGUCACAGGUCUUACAGAAGAUGCACAAUAUGACUUCCAUGUUAUUGCAAAGAAUUCUGCAGAGAUGUUGAGUGCCCCUUCAGAAUGCACUGGUCCUGUCACCAUCAAAGAUGAUGUAGAACCUCCAACCAUCAUCUUAGAGGAUAAAUUCAGGCAAUUAGUUGUCAUUAAGGCUGGAGAGAUAAUUAGAAUUGAUGCUGAAAUUACAGGUCGUCCAAUCCCUGUGGUUUCAUGGUCUAAAGAUGGAAAAGAUAUUGAGGCCAAGGCCAGGUGUGAAAUCACUUCCACAAACUUUACCACUACUCUGAUUGUCAGAGAUGCUAUCAGGAGGGAUUCUGGACAGUAUGUCUUGACUUUGCACAAUGUAGCUGGAACCAGGUCUGUAGCUAUCAACUGUAAGGUUCUGGACAGGCCUGGACCAGCUUCAGGACCUUUAGCAGUGUCUGGUCUUACUGCAGAGAAGUGCACUAUAACAUGGGGUCCACCUCAAGAGAAUGGUGGAGCUGAAAUCAUGCACUAUAUAGUGGAGAAACGUGAGACAAGCCGCCUUGCUUGGACUCUUGUUUAUGGUGACAUGAAGGCAACUACCUGCAAAGUUACUAAGCUGCUCAAAGGAAAUGAGUACAUCUUCAGGGUCAGAGGCGUUAACAAAUAUGGAGAUGGUGAGGCUCUGGAGAGUGAGGCAGCAAAAGCGUUGGAUCCGUUCACUGUAGCUGCAGCCCCCACUAAUGUUCAGGUCACCUCAGUCACUAGUGAGGCCAUGACAAUCUGUUGGGAAAGACCAGUUUCUGAUGGUGGCAGCAGUAUCUAUGGCUAUGUAAUUGAAAAGCGAGAGAAGACUGGCCUCCGCUGGUGCCGUGUCAAUAAGAAGCCUGUCUAUGACCUCAGAGUCAAAGCUUCCAAUCUUCGUGAGGGAAGUGAAUAUGAGUACAGAGUGUUUGCAGAGAAUGCUGCUGGACUUAGUGCACCUAGCACCCCUUGCCCACUCACCAAGGCUGAAGACCCACAGUUCCUCCCCUCACCUCCUGCUAAGCCCAGGAUCAUUGACUCAACAAAGACCACAGUAACACUAGCAUGGAAUAAACCACUGUUUGAUGGUGGAGCACCUGUAACUGGUUACAGAGUAGAAUACAGAAAGUCAUUAGAUGAUGAAUGGUUCGUUGGAGUCCAGAACACCAAGAAUACAGAGUUUACAGUGGUGGGACUGACUCCUGGAGCUGAAUAUGUAUUUGUUGUCAGAUCCAUUAAUAAAAUUGGAGCAAGUGAGCCUAGUCCUGAAUCAGACAAACAGACUGCUAAAGAAAAAGAAGAAGAGCCAGUCUUUGAAAUAAGCAAUGAAAUGAGGAAGACUCUUAUUGUGAAAGACGGCAGCUCAUUUACAAUGACGGUACCCUUCAGAGGCAAGCCUAUUCCCACUGUUAGUUGGACAAAGCCUGAUAUUGAUCUUAGAGUACGUGCUGUCAUUGACACCACAGACACCUUCACCUCAAUCACCUUAGAGAAAGCAACACGCAAUGACUCUGGAAAAUACACUGUCACUUUGUCCAGCAUUGCUGGAACCUCCUCACUGACACUCAAUGUUAGAGUUCUUGACUCACCUGGACCUCCUGCAUAUGUGGAAGUCAAGGAAGUGACUAAGGCAUCUGCUACUGUAACUUGGGACACUCCAGAGAAUGAAGGAGGAGGACCAGUAAAGAAUUAUCUUGUUGAUUUCCGAGAGGCAAGCAAAAAAGGUUGGACUAGGUUGACUGAUACAUGCCACAGACUGACUUAUAAGGUGUCAAACCUAAAGGAAGGAGAAGUUUACUAUUUCAGAGUGACAGGCGAGAAUGACUAUGGUGUUGGUGUUCCAGCUGAGACCAAAGAGGGAACCAAGAUCACAGAAAAACCAAGCCCACCACCAAAGCUUGGAGUAACUGAUGUCACCAGGGAGAGUGUGUCAUUGGCAUGGGCUAAACCUGAACAUGAUGGAGGCAGCAGAAUUACUGGAUAUCUGGUUGAAGCACUGGAGAAGGGUCAGGAGAAGUGGGUUAAAUGUGGUGUCACCAAGUUUAUCCACUUUACUGUGUCUGGCCUAAGGGAGAAAGCUGAAUACUACUUCAGGGUCAAAGCUGAGAACCUUGCUGGAUAUAGUGAUGUUAAGGAAAUGUUCACCCCUGUUAUGGUCAAAGACCAGCUGGAAUCUCCCGAAAUCAACAUGAAGGACUUCCCCCACAACACUGUGUACGUUAGAGCUGGUUCAACUCUGAAGUGUGAGAUUCCUCUGACUGGCAGACCCCUGCCCAAAGUCACUCUUUCCAAGGAUAAUGUAGUACUUAAGUCAACAAUGAGGUUCAAUUCUGAAGUCACUCCUGACAGCAUCAAAAUCAUCUUGCGUGAAAGCAUUGCUGGAGACUCGGGACGCUAUGAUAUAACUGCCUCCAACUCCAGUGGAACCACCAAGUCCUUUGUCAAUAUUGUGGUUCUGGAUCGCCCAAGUGUUCCACUUGGACCUGUAGAGCUGUUUGAUGUCACAGAAGAGAGUGCAAGUCUCAGGUGGCUCCCACCAGCAUAUGAUGGUGGCAGCCCCAUCACUAACUAUAUCAUCCAGAAGAGAGAAACAACUACAGCAAACUGGAUUGACGUCUCAUCUGCUGUGGCUCGUUGCACCAUAAAGGUUAUGAAACUUACCACUGGGCUGGAGUAUCAGUUCAGAAUCAGGGCUGAGAACAAAUAUGGAAUUAGUGAACAUAUCGACUCUCCAGCAGUCACAGUCAGCCUUCCAUACACUAUUCCAGAUGCUCCAUCAACUCCAGAGGUUACUGCUGUAACCAGGGAGAGCAUCGCAUUAGCCUGGAAGGAGCCCAAGUCAGAUGGAGGCAGCCAUGUGUUUGGCUACCAUCUCCAGAUGAAAGAUAGGAACAGCAUCAUGUGGCAGCUAGUUAACAAAACGGUGAUCCGAUCUACACACUAUAAGGUCACCACCGUUAAUGCUGGACUUAUUUAUGAAUUUAAGGUGGCAGCGGAGAAUGCUGCUGGCCUCAGUGUUUUCAGUAAGGCUUCAGAUGCUGUGUUGGCUAUAGAUGCCUGUGAGCCACCCAUCAACCUAAGAAUCAGUGACAUCACCAAAAACUCUAUCAGCCUUGCCUGGGAGAAACCCAACUAUGAUGGUGGAUCCCCUAUUACUGGUUACAUUGUUGAGAAGAGGAAAGGUGUUAGUCCUAAGUGGUCCAAAGCUAACCUCACCAAUAUCACGGACACACAUUUCACUGUGGCUGGACUUACCCAGAAUGAAACAUAUGAAUUCAGGGUCAUGGCCAAGAAUGCAGUUGGUUCAGUAAGCAACCCAUCUAUGACAGUUGGACCAGCCACUUGUGUGGACACCUAUGGUGCCCCAGAAAUUGAAAUUCCCCAGGAGUACCUUAAUGAGGUCAAAUACAGCGCAGGCUCAGACGUGGAACUUAAAUUCAAUAUCACAGCCAAACCUACCCCCACAAUUGAGUGGUUUAAGGAUGGACGAGAGCUCAAACCUACUGCUCAGCUCACUUUCAAACACACGUUUGAGUCCACUGGUAUAUUCCUGAGGGACACUACUCGUCUGAACUCGGGGACGUAUGAGGUCAAAGUGAAGAACUCCCUGGGAUCUUCAUGUGCCAUUGUCAGGCUGCUCAUUCAAGACAAGCCAGGACCUCCUGCUGGCGAAAUUCAGUUUAAGAAAGUGAUGGCUGACAACAUUACCAUCAUGUGGUCUCCACCUGCCGAUGAGGGCGGUGCCAUGGUAACUCAUUACAUCGUAGAGAAGAGAGAGACCAGCAGAGUCAUGUGGUCUAUUGUGUCUGAGAAACUUGUAGACUGCAUCGUGAAUGUGCCCAGACUCAUCCAGGGUAAUGAGUACAUCUUCAGAGUCCGUGGAGUCAACAAAUAUGGCAUUGGAGACCCCCUGGAGUCUCAGCCCAUUAUUGCAAAGAACCCGUUUGUUCCUCCCAGUGAACCAUCUAAGCCUAAGGUUACUAUGAUCACCAAGUCCACAAUGACUGUGAUCUGGGAAAGACCUGCACUGGAUGGAGGCAGUGAUAUUGAUGGUUAUUACCUCGAGAAAAGAGAGAAGAAGAGUCUUCAGUGGUUCAAGGUGGUGAAAGGAACAAUCAGAGACACCAGACAGAAAGUCAGCAACUUAACUGAAAACAAUGAGUACCAGUUCAGAGUUUGUGCUGUAAACAAGGCUGGAGCAGGAAACUACUCUGAAGCCUCUGAUCUUUACAGGGCCUAUGACCCCAUUGAUCUGCCUGGUGAACCCACAAAGCUCCGUGUGGUCGACUCCACAAAGACUUCCAUCACUCUUGGCUGGGAGAAGCCUGUCUAUGAUGGUGGCAGUGAAAUCACACACUAUUUGCUGGAACAGAUGAAUGCAGGAGAGAAAGAAUGGGUUAUCACCAACCCACAGGUUAAGGGUUGCGAGUAUGUGGUGUCCCACUUGAAACCUGCCACUUACUACUUUUUCAGAGUAUCUGCUGUGAACAGCAAGGGCAAAGGAGAGGACAUCAAGAUGUACCAGCCUGUGCAAGCCAAAGACAUAUUAGAGGAGGCUGAUUUGGACUUAGAUGUUCCUAUGACAACUCAAUACACAGCUAAAGCCGGCCGCGAUGUUGAAGUGUUUAUCCCAUUGAAGGGACGACCAGCUCCCAAUGUCACCUGGCGACGUGGUGAUCGUAACAUGGCUGGUGAUAACCGCUUCACCAUCAAGAGCACUGAGAGAUCCACCACACUCCUUAUUCCAAAGGUCACUCGUGAUGACUGUGGAAAGUACAUGCUGGAAAUAGAGAAUGGUGUAGGUGAACCCAAGAUAAUCACCGUUUCCCUCAGGGUUCUAGAUAGUCCAUCAUCCUGCCAGAAGCUAAUAAUCAAAAACGUGACAAGAGGGAAGCUGACCCUAAGCUGGGAGGCUCCUCUUGUUGAUGGUGGCUCACCUGUCACAAAUUACAUUGUUGAGAAGAAAGCCUCAACCAUGAAGGCCUACCAGGUGAUCAGUGCAGAAUGUCCUAACACAUCUUACAAGGUGACCGACCUGGAAGAGGAUAUUGCUUACUUCUUUCGUGUGUCAGCUGAAAAUGAGUUUGGUGUGGGUGACUUCUGUGAGUCCACUGAAGCUGUCAGAGCAACAGAGACUCCUGGAGCUGUUAAAAACCUGGUGAUGUUGGACUCUACAAAGACCUCUGUUACACUGCAGUGGACCCGACCGGACCAUGAUGGAGGCAGCCACAUCACAGAGUACAUUGUUGAAAAGAGAAGCCAGGAUGAAGUCAACUGGAGUUUAGGUGCAACAUGCAAACGUUGUACAUGUGAGGUGACUGGACUCAGGGAAAAUGCCAUCAUGGAUUUCAAAGUGUUUGCCAAGAACGAGAAAGGAAGAAGUGAUUUCUCUCUGAUUGGUUCAAUCCCAGUGAUAGAUUUUAUUAUUCCUCCAGAAGCCAGUCUCAGUGAUUAUCCAAAUGGAGAGCUUGCUGUUCGUAUUGGGCAAAACAUCCACAUUGAGCUACCAUUUAAGGGAAAACCAAGACCUGCAAUCAGCUGGCUAAAGGAUAACCUUCCACUAAAGGAGAGCGAGAAGAUUCGAUUUAGGACCACUGACAACAAGACUGCAGUCACAGUUAGAGGAGCCAAGAAGGAGAAUGCUGGCCAGUACACUUUAGUUCUGGACAACAGAGUGGUCAAAAACUACUUUGACAUCAAUGUAAUCACUCUUGGACCACCUACGGCUCCUGUUGGUCCUAUUCGCUUUGAUGAGAUAAAGGCUCAAAGUAUCAUCAUUUCCUGGGAUGUGCCAAAGGAGGAUGGCGGUGGUGAGAUUACAUGCUACAGCGUGGAGAAACGUGAAACCUCCCAGGCCAACUGGAAAAUGGUCUGCUCAAGUGUUGUAAGGACCAGCUUCAAGAUCCCUAACCUAGUCAAGGGAGCUCAAUACCAAUUCAGAGUCCGUGCCGAGAACAAGUAUGGAGUCAGCGAACCACUCUGCUCCUCACAUGUUAUUGCUCAGCACCAGUAUAAACCUCCAGGUCCACCAGGAAAGCCAGUUGCCUUCAACGUCACCAGUGAUGGUAUGACCAUUAAGUGGGAUGCUCCAGGCUUUGAUGGAGGUUCUCCUAUCGUGGGUUAUCAUGUUGAGAAGAAGGACAGGAACAGCCUCUUAUGGCAGAAGGUCAAUUCCACAAUCAUUUCCAACAAAGAGUACAGGAUCAUUGGUCUCAUGGAAGGUCUGGAGUACUCUUUCAGAGUUUAUGCUGAAAACAAUGCUGGACUAAGCCCUGUCAGCGAGCAGAGCAAACAUGCUCUUGCCAUAUCCCCUGUUGACCCACCUGGCACUCCUGUCUGCAUUGAUACAACAAGGGAUUCAGUCACCCUGCAAUGGGAAGUUCCAAAGAGAGAUGGUGGAAGCAAAAUUGUGGCUUACAAUGUAGAAAGGCGCCAAGGCAGAGGAAAAUGGCUACGAUGCAACUUUAUUGAUAUAAGUGAUACCCAGUUCACUGUGACUGGUCUGUCCCCUGGAGACAGAUUUGAGUUCAGAGUGAUUGCAAGAAAUGCUAUCGGUACAGUCAGCCCCCCAUCUAACUCUUCUGGAUAUAUCAUGACCAAGGAUGAGAGCAUUACUCCUGAAAUCGAGUGGUCCCCUGACCAGGUGCUCACUCUGAAGGCUGGAGAAAAUGUUAAGCUCAAUUGUACCAUCACUGGGCGCCCAGUUCCUCAGGUUUUGUGGUACAAGGAUGGCAAAGAAAUUGAUAAGCGAACAAUGAUUGACAUUGAGAUUACCACUGGCAUUGGCACCAGCAGUCUGUUUAUCCGUGAUGCAGACAGGAACCACCGUGGAAUUUAUACUGUGGAAGCAAAAAAUAGCUCUGGCUCUAGGAAAGCAGAUGUUAAUGUCAGAGUGCAAGAUACUCCUGGACCUGUUGAGGGUCCCAUCCGCUUUACCGGCAUAACUGCUGAAAAGUGCACUGUAUGGUGGAACCCACCAGAAAAUGAUGGCUGUGCUGCGAUCACCCACUAUGUAGUGGAAAAACGGGAAACAUCCAGAAUUUCCUGGGCUUUGGUUACAUCCAAAUGUGAAGCUUGCUCAUAUAAUGUCACCAACCUCAUCAAGGGAAAUGAGUACCAGUUCAGAAUCUCUGCAGUCAACAAAUUUGGGGUCGGCAAACCACUGGAUUCUGAUGCAGUUAUUGCACGCAUGCAAUACACUGUGCCAGAUGCUCCUGGUACGCCAGAUGCAACUCACAUAACUGGAGAUAGCAUCACUAUGUGCUGGACCAGGCCGAGAUCAGAUGGAGGUAAUGAAAUCAAGCAUUACAUUCUGGAAAGGAGAGAGAAGAAGAGCCUUCGUUGGGUUAGGGUGUCUUCCAAGAGACCCAUAACAGAACUAAGGCACCGUAUCACCCACCUGACCGAGGGCAAUGAGUACGAGUUCCGCGUCAUGGCUGAAAAUGGAGCUGGUAUUGGACCAGCCAGCAGUACCUCCAGGCUCUUUAAAUGCAGAGAGCCAACAAGUGCUCCUAGUGCCCCAAGUGUAAUCAAGGUCAUUGACUCCACUAAGUCCACUGUCACCCUGGAAUGGACAAAACCAGUAUUUGAUGGUGGCUUGGAAAUUAUUGGCUAUAACAUUGACAUGUGUAAGGCCAGUCUAGAGGAGUGGCACAGAGUCAAUAGUCAGAUUUGUAUCCACAAUAGAUACACUGCAAAGGGCCUGGUAGCUGGAGAGCUUUACAAGUUCAGAGUCAGUGCUGUGAAUGGGUCAGGAGAGGGUGAAGCUUCAGUUAUGCCACACCCUGUUCAGGCUCUAGAUAGACUUACAUCUCCAGAAUUUGACAUUGAUGCAAACUUCAAACAAACUCACACUGUCAAGAACGGAGGAAUAGUCACUCUCAGCGUCGCUUUCAGAGGAAAGCCUACUCCACUGGCCACCUGGUCUAGAGUAGAUGGUGAAGUUCCUGUCAUGGCGGACAUCAACACCACAGACAGCUCAUCCACUCUGACUAUAGAAGGCUGCACAAGAUAUGAGGCAGGAAAAUACACCCUGUCCCUGGAAAACAACAGUGGACGAAAGUCUAUCACAUUCACUAUCAAAGUUUUAGACACUCCAGGACCUCCAGGAGCAAUCUCCUUCAAAGAUGUUACACGUGGUGCUUUGACAAUGAUGUGGGAUGCUCCAUCCAAUGAUGGUGGAGCCCGCAUCCAUCACUACAUAGUAGAUAAACGUGAGGCAAGCCGCCUUGCUUGGCAGGAGGUCAGCAGCAAGAGCUCACGCCAAAUGAUAAGGAUAACUGGUCUAGACAUUGGUGUGCCAUACUUAUUCAGAGUGACUGCUGUUAACCAGUAUGGUCAAGGUGAACCAAAGGAAAUGACUGAGCCUGUCGUUGCCACAGAAGAGCCUGCACCACCCAAAAGAUUAGAUGUUGUCGAUACCACUAGUUCCACAGCCUCCCUAGUGUGGCUUAAACCUGACCAUGAUGGAGGCAGCCGCAUCCGAGGGUACAUUGUUGAAUUCAGAGCCAAGGGUAGUGACCGUUGGAUUGUUUAUGGAGAGACUAAAUUGCCGAAGAUGCUGGUAGAAGGUCUGAUUGAAAACACUGAGUAUGACUUUAGGGUCAAGGCCAAAAAUGAUGCUGGAAUCAGUGAGCCUCAAGGCACUUUCACCUCUGUGAUCAUAAAGGAGCCUCUCAUUGAGCCAACUGCUGAUCUCAGCAGUAUCACUAACCAGCUCAUCACCUGUAAGCUUUCCAAUACUAUCACAAUUGAUAUCCCAAUAAGCGGCAGACCUGCGCCCAAGGUCACAUGGAAACUGGAGGAAAUGAAGCUGAAGGAGACUGACAGAGUCUUAAUCAGGACCACAAAUGAGAGAACCACACUAAUAGUGAGAGACAGCAAGAGAAGUGACAGCGGCAAGUAUUACCUGAUCCUGGAGAAUGCUGCUGGUGUGAUGACUUUCACAGUGACUGUGGUCGUCGUCGGCAGACCUAGCCCACCAACUGGCCCUGUGAAGAUUUCUGGAAUCUCAUCAGAGUCUUGCACACUGUCAUGGUCAGAGCCAGCUGAUGAUGGCGGCACUGAAGUAACCAACUACAUUGUUGAGAAACGCGAGUCUGGCCAUGCUUCAUGGCAGGUAGUAAACUCCAGUGUGCAGAGAACGACAAUCAAAGUGACUCAUCUUACCAAAUACAUGGAAUACACAUUCAGAGUGUGUGCCGAGAACAAGUUUGGAGUCAGCAAGUCCAUUGAGUCUGCAGCUGUCGUGAUCGAGCAUCCAUUCAUUCCUCCAAGUCCUCCAACUCGCCCUGAUGUGGUAUUUGUGUCAGCAAAUGCCAUUGGCAUUAAGUGGGAUGUGCCAUAUUCUGAUGGUGGCAGCCAGGUGACAGGAUACUGGAUUGAGAAGAAAGAGAGGAACACAAUCUUGUGGGUGAGGGAAAACAAGCUGCCCUGCCUUGAGUGCCAUUACAAGGUGUCCAACCUGAUCGAGGGCCUGGAGUAUCAGUUCAGAGUGUACGCCAUGAACCUCGCUGGACUGAGCAAGGCCAGUGAAGCCUCCAGACCAGUGGUGGCCCUCAAUCCUGUUGAUCCGCCUGGUAAACCUGAGAUUACCGACAUCAGCCGCUCCUCUGUUUCGCUGUGCUGGACUGUACCCUUCAACGAUGGUGGCAAUAAGAUCGUCGGCUACAUUGUGGAGAGGAAGGUCUACAGCACAGAUGAGUGGGACGACAACCGCUGGCUCAAGUGCAACUACACCACGAUCACAGAGAACUACUUCACAGUCACAAACUUGGGAGAGGGAGAAACCUUUGAGUAUCGUGUCAUCGCCAAGAAUGCAGCUGGAGUCCACAGCAUGCCUUCUGUGACCACUGGUCCAAUCACAUGCAAGGAUGAAUACUCUCCUCCUAGAGCUGAACUUGACAGCAAAUUAACGCGUGAGGUCAUCACCAUUAUGGCUGGCUCCGACCUUGUCCUGGAUGGUGCUGUGGGAGGCAAACCAGAACCCACAGUGUACUGGUCCAAGGGAGACAAGAUUUUGGAUUUGGGAGAGAAAUACUCUCUGACAUACACGUCAACAAGAGCCAUGGCUGUCAUCAAAAACUGCGACAGAUACGAUACGGGUAGAUACAUCCUCACCGUCAAAAACGCCAAUGGUAUUAAGACCGCUUCAGUCAGUGUGAAGGUUCUGGACACUCCUGGACAACCUGCUGACAAGAUUGUGAUCAGCAGAGUCACUGAGGAGAAGUGUACGGUUUCCUGGAAGAUUCCUCUGGAGGAUGGCGGAGACAUCGUCACCCAUUACAUUGUAGAGCGACGUGAAACCAGCCGGCUCAACUGGGUCAUCAUGGAGACAGAGUGCAAGUCGCUGUCAUGUGUCAGCUCCAGGUUGAUCAAGAACAAUGAAUACGUCUUCAGAGUCAGAGGAGUCAACAAGUUUGGACCUGGAGUUCCUCUGGAGUCCGAGCCGGUCAUCGCCAGAAACGCCUACACUGUCCCAUCCCCGCCGGGCGCCCCAGAGGCCACAGCAGUGGGUAAGGAGCACAUCAUCAUCGAGUGGCUGAAGCCUGAGAGCGACGGAGGCAGUGAGAUCAAGAACUACAUCGUGGAAAAACGAGAGAAAAGCAGCACAAGAUGGACUCGGGUGAACAGAACUUACACAAUUUAUGACAUCCGUCUGAAAAUCACUGGCCUGAUAGAGGGAGGCGAGUACCAGUUCAGAGUCACGGCUGUCAACAAUGCUGGAGAGAGCCAGCCAAGCGAUGCCUCGCCAUACAUUAUCUGUAAAGAUCCCACAUACACACCGGCUGCUCCAUCAACACCUCGCAUAGUGGACACAACCAAGCACAGCAUUAGCUUGACCUGGACCAGGCCCAUGUAUGACGGCGGCUCCGAUGUCACAGGCUACGUCAUAGAGAUCUUAGAGGAGGACUCGGAGCAGUGGUACCGCGCCACUGCUAAGCCUAUAAAGACCAAUGAGUACGUGGCCGGUGGCCUGGCAGCCAAUAAGAAGUACAGGUUCAGGGUGGCGGCCAUUAAUGGCAACGGCACCGGGGAGUUCAGUGACCCGAGUGGAGAGAUCGAGCCACUGGAGAAAAUUGAAAUGCCUGACCUGGAACUGGCAGAAGAUUUGAAGAAGACGGUUUGUCUGCGUGCUGGCGGUACCCUCCGCCUGUUCGUGUCCAUCACCGGCCGACCGGCACCUGUUGUUGCCUGGAGAAAGACCGGUGUGGAGCUGCAGAGCCGAGGCUUCAUUGAGACCACCGACAGUCACACCUCUCUCCUGGUGGAGAAAGUUACUCGCUAUGAUUCUGGAAAAUAUGUUGUGGAGGCAGAGAAUCCAUCUGGAAAGAAGACGUGCAUUAUCCUGGUCAAGGUCUACGACACUCCUGGUCCUCCUGGUUCUGUCAGGGUGAAAGACUACACCAAAGAGUCGGUUGUGAUCACCUGGGACGUCCCAAGCCUGGACGGUGGAGCUCAUGUCAGCAACUACAUCGUCGAGAAGAGAGAAGCCAACAUGAAGUCAUACAAGACUGUGACCACUGAGUGCAGGAAGACUCUGUACAGGAUCACAGGCUUGGAGGAAGGGAUGCACUACUUCUUCAGAGUCCUACCUGAGAACAUUUAUGGUGUUGGCGAGCCUUGUGAGACAGCUGAGUCUGUGCUGGUGUGUGAAGUACCAUCAGUGCCCAUGGACCUCAGCAUUGUGGAUGUCACCAAGUCCACUGUGACCCUCCAUUGGGAAAGACCACAUCAUGAUGGCGGCAGCAGGCUGACAGGUUACAUCAUAGAGGCUUGCAAGGUGGGGUCAGACAGGUGGAGUGCCGUGGCGACAGUUAAGGCCUCUCAGUCCCAGCACACAAUCCAGUCGCUUACAGAGAACGACCAGUACCUGUUCAGGAUCCGUGCCACCAACAGCAGGGGGGUCAGUGAACCCAUGGACAUUGUGACACCAGUCAUAAUCCAGGAUAUCAAGGUGAUGCCAAAGAUUGACUUGACCAGCAUCCCUCAGAAGAUCGUUCAUGUGCACCGUGGCAAAUCCAUUGACCUGAACAUCCCAAUUAAAGCCAAACCACUGCCGGUUUGCUCCUGGUACUUCGGUGGUGCCAAGCUGAAGGACAGCUUGGACCGCAUCAAGAUCGACAGCAACGGGAAAUACACACACCUCGUCAUCCGUGACUCCACCAUCGAUGACACUGGAGAUUACACUUUGGAGGUGAAAAAUGCUAUUGGCAUGGCAACGGAGGUUAUCAAGGUCAUCAUCCUGGACAAACCUGGUAUCCCAGUUGGUCCCAUGAAAAUCGAGGAGGUUGAUGGAGUCUCGGUAACAGUUAGCUGGGAACCUCCAGAGAAAGACGGUGGUGCCAAUGUCAGUGGCUACGUGGUGGAGCAGCGUGAAGCCCACCACCCAGGCUGGUCCACCAUCUCUGAAUCUGUGACCAGACCUUGCUUCAAGUUCACCAGGCUUAACGAAGGAACUGAAUAUGUGUUCCGUGUUGCUGCCAUGAAUCGCUUUGGUUUUGGUGGCUUCCUGCAGUCUGAAGUGGUGGAGUGCAAGAGCGCCAAGACCAUCCCCGGACCUCCAAGCAGGCCAGAGGUGAUUGAUGUCACCCAUGAAGGCAUGACCGUGACCUGGCAACCACCUGUGGACAACGGUGGCUCCACCAUUGCUGGCUACAUAAUAGAACGUAAAGAGGCCCGAUCUGACAGAUGGUUGAGAAUCAAUAAGAAUCCGGUCACUAUGACCAGAUAUCGUUCUUCCGGGCUGAUUGAGGGCCUGGAAUAUGAGUUCAGAAUCACUGCUAUCAACUCCAGAGGAACUGGUAAACCCAGUGAAAGUUCUGCAGUAGCUGUUGCCAUGGAUCCCAUUGAACCUCCAGGUCCUCCAGUUAAACCCAGAGUCACAGACAGCACACGGACAUCAGUCUCUCUGGCCUGGCUGCCGCCUGAAGAAGAGGGUGGUUCUGUUGUUACUGGCUAUCUCAUUGAGAUGCAAAAGGUGGACCAGGUUGAAUGGACUCUGUGUAAUACUACACCCACCAAGAUGUGCGAGUACACCCUAACACACAUGCCCCAGGGUGCAGAGUACAGGUUCAGAGUCAUUGCCUGCAAUGCAGGUGGUGCCGGAGAGCCUGCAGAGAUUUCUGGAGUGGUUAAAGUCCAAGAAAUGAUUGAUUAUCCUGACUUUGAGCUUGAUCGUGUAUACGAGGAAGGAUACGUGGUGCGGCAAGGUGGAGUCGUCCAUUUGUCUGUACCCAUCAAAGGCAAACCUAUACCCACAGCUAAGUGGACAAAGGAUGGUCGUGACAUCUCACAUCGUGCCAUGAUUGCCACCCACGAUGACAUCACUGAGCUGGUCAUCAAAGAGGCACACAGAGACGACACCGGUACCUAUGAUUUGGUGCUGGAGAACAAAUGUGGUAGGAAAGCUGUGUACAUCAAGGUGAAGGUGAUUGGUCGACCUGAUGCCCCAGAAGGUCCUCUAGAAUUUGAUGACAUCCAGGCUAGAUCAGUUCGCGUCAGCUGGAGACCACCUUCAGAUGACGGUGGAUCUGACAUCCUGGGCUACAUAGUAGAAAGGCGGGAAGUACCAAAGGCUGCCUGGUACACAGUGGAUGCCCGGGUAACUGAGACCUCCCUGGUGGUCAAGGGCUUGAAGGAGAAUGUAGAGUACCACUUCAGGGUGUUUGCUGAGAACCAGUUUGGUGUUAGCAGAUCCCUUAAGUCAGAUGGAACUGUUCUGCCAAAGACACCUCUUUGUCCACCUGAACCUCCCAGUAAUCCACCAGAGAUCAUGGACAUCACCAAGACCGCAGUGUCUCUGUCUUGGGCCCGGCCCCGGGACGAUGGUGGCUCUCGUGUCACAGGAUACUAUGUUGAAAGAAGGGAGGUUUCCACAGAGAAGUGGGUCCGUCACAACAAGACCCACAUCACUACCACCAUGUUCAAUGUCACCGGACUUAUACCCAACGCAGAGUACAUGUUUAGAGUGGUGGCUCAAAAUGACAUUGGGCAGAGUGAACCUGGUCCUGCUUCAGAAUCGGUGGUCUGCAAAGAUCCAUUUGACAAGCCCACCCAACCAGGAGAUAUUGACAUCAUCUCUAUUACUAAAGACAGUAUCACCAUUCAUUGGCUCAGGCCAGAACAUGAUGGUGGAAAGGAGAUCCUGGGUUAUUGGAUUGAGUUCAGGGAGGCUGGAGAGAGUGCUUGGAAGAAAUGCAACAAGGAGCGUUCCAAGGAUCGGCAGUUCACCAUGGGUGGCUUGAUGGAGGCCACAGAGUAUGAAUUCAGAAUCUUUGCUGAAAAUGAGGCCGGACUCAGCCGACCUCGUCGCACACCCAUGGGCAUCAAGACCAAAUUGAGCGUUGGUGAAGCUCCAGCUUUGAAGGAAGAGGCCCAAGAUGUAACCACCAAGCUUGGCGAGUCUGGCACUCUAACUUGUGGAAUCAUUGGCAGACCUUUGCCUGAGAUCAAGUGGUAUCGCUACGGCAAAGAACUGAUCCAGAGCCGCAAGUACAAGAUGAGCUCAGAUGGUCGUAACCACUCCCUCACAAUUCUGACAGAGGAGCAAGAAGACGAAGGCGUGUACACCUGCAGGGCUGUCAACGAGGCUGGAGAGAUAGAGACCAGUGGCAAACUACGCUUGCAGGCAGCUCCCCAAUUCCACCCUGGCUUCCCUCUGAAAGAAAAGUACUAUGCUGGGGCUGGUACCAGCCUCCGGCUCCAUGUCGUCUACAUUGGUCGUCCAAUCCCCCAGAUAAUGUGGUUCUACGGCAAGAAACCUCUAAAUUCAUCUGAGAACGUGAUCAUUGAAAACACAGAAAGCUAUACCCACCUUGUUGUGAGGAAUGCCCAGCGAAAAACCAACGCUGGUCGCUACAAGGUUCAGCUCAGCAAUGUGUUUGGAACUGUUGACACCUCUCUGCGUGUUGAAAUCCAAGACAAACCUUGCAUCCCUGAGGGUCCCGUUGUUGUUGAAUCCCUGCUCAGGAACUCAGUUGUGAUCAGCUGGAAGGUUCCUAAGGAUGAUGGAGGGUCUGUAAUCACCAACUACAUUGUAGAGAAACAUGAAGCCAAAGAGGGUGAACAGUGGCACCUGGUGUCUUCCUCUGUCCCUGGCACCACCUGCCGUGUCCCCAACCUGACUGAGGGCUCUGGAUACUACUUCAGAGUCUCAGCACAGAACCAGUAUGGUGUCAGUGAGCCUCUGGAGAUUCCAUCAGUAGUCAUCAUCAAGUCUCCAUAUGAUAAACCUGGAAUCCCACAGCAGCCAUUCAUUAUCAGUUCUACCAAAGACUCUUGUGUCGUUUGCUGGAAGCCUCCAACUAGCGAUGGAGGAGCGAAAAUCACCAGCUACUUCCUUGAGAAACGCGAGAAGAAGCAGAACAAAUGGAUGUCUGUAACAACAAAGACAUUUACAGAGACCAGCUAUGAAGUCACGGGCUUGAUUGAGAGCUUUGAGUACGAGUUCCGUGUGAAAUGCCAGAACAUUGGCGGUGAGAGCGACUGGUCUGAGAUCUCUCUGCCAGUCAUUCCCAAGUCUGAACAGGCUCCUCGUGCUCCUGCAUUCAGAGAGGAGAUCAGAGACAUGACGGUCAAAUACCAUAGCAAUGCCACCUUUGUCACCAAGGUUGUGGCCCAUCCAAAGCCUGUUGUCAAAUGGUAUCGCAGUGGCAAGGAGAUCCUGGCAGAUGGAACAAAAAUAAAAGUCCUUGAGUUCAAGGGUGGCUACUAUCAGCUGGUCAUCACUGCCGCUGAUGAGAACGAUGCCUCAGUGUACCAAGUUAGAGCAACUAACCCGUCAGGAUCUAUCUCUACAACAGCCAACCUGGAGGUGGAAGUUCCUGCAAAAAUACACCUGCCUAAAGAACUCCAGGGAAUGGGAGCUGUACAAGCUGUGCGUGGUGAUCACGUCACCAUCAAGAUCCCCAUCACAGGAAAGCCUGAGCCAGCAGUCACUUGGCAGAAGGGUCCGGAGGUCCUCUCAAGCUCUGCUUAUCAUCAAGUUAUCACUACAAGAUCCUUCACCUCCCUGGUGUUCCUGAAGGGAGUACAGAGGAAGGAUACUGGCUAUUAUGCCAUUACUGCAAAGAACAGAUUCGGAUCAGACAAGCAAACUAUUGAGGUGAAUGUGGCUGACAUCCCCGAUGCUCCAAAGGGACUUGUGGUCAGUGACAUUGCACGGGAUUCUAUCACGCUGACCUGGGAGCCCCCUGCCAGUGAUGGUGGCAGUGAGAUUAUUAAUUACAUUGUAGAGAAGUGCCCAACCACUGCUGAUAGGUGGAUUCGUGCUGGCCAUACAACAGACUGCAGUAUCACCAUCAUCAACAUAUUUGGAAAGACCAAAUAUCAGUUCCGCGUUAUUGCAGAGAACCAGUUUGGUCUCAGCCUUCCAUCUCCUCCAACUGAGCCCAUUACUACCAAGGAAGACAAAUCUGUGAUCAGGAACUAUGACGAGGAAGUGGAUGAAGACAGAGAAAUCACCAAAGAGGAAGCUGUGUUCUACAAGGUGAAGGAACUGUCUUCCAAAUACAUCAUCUCAGAGGAGCUUGCUCGCUCCCAGUUUGGAGUGGUCCACCGCUGUGUGGAGAUUGCCACUAAGAAGACUUUCAUGGCCAAGUUCAUCAAAGUGAAAGGAACUGAUCGUGAGUUAGUCCUCAGGGAAAUAGAGGCUCUUAAUGUUGCAAGACAUAAGAAUAUCAUCUACCUCCAUGAAUACUUUGAAAGCAUGGAGGAGAUUAUCCUGAUCUUUGAAUUCAUCUCUGGAGUUGAUAUCUUUGAGCGGCUUGGUACCAGCAACUUUGAGCUCUCGGAACAGGAGAUUGUCCGCUACCUGAGACAGGUUUGCUCUGCUGUCAAGUUCUUACACAGCCAAAACUUUGGCCACUUUGAUAUCCGCCCAGAUAACAUUGUUUACGCCACAAGGAGAAGUCUCAACAUAAAAAUGAUUGAAAUGGGACAGUCUCGACUGUUGGUUCCUGGAGAAAACAUCAGAAUGCUGUUUUCAGCUCCAGAGUAUUAUGCCCCAGAGGUUCACCGCCAUGAUCUGGUCACCACAGCCACUGAUAUGUGGUCUAUUGGUGUUUUGGCAUAUGUUCUACUCAGCGGCCUUAAUCCAUUUGCCGCAGAAUCUAUGACAAAGAUGAUUGAGAACAUCUCAAACUGUGAGUACGUUUUUGACAGGGAAGCAUUCAAAGACAUCAGCUUAGAGGCAAUGGACUUUAUAGAUAGACUUCUAGUCAAGGACAGGAAGCUCCGUAUGACUUCUCAUGAAGCUCUAGAACAUCCAUGGCUCAAGAUGAAGAUUGAGCAUGUCAGCAACAAGGUCAUCAGGACACUGAGACACAGAAGAUACUAUCAGUCACUAGUAAAGAAGACUGAUACCAUAGUUUCAGCAGCUCGUGUGGCGUUCGGAGGUGCCUUCAGAAACCAGCGAGGUCUGGAAGUUGGUAAAGUUAAGAUUGGAACCGAGUACCAUGGGUUGCGUGCUGGGCCUGUCAUGCAUGCCUCAGCUGAGGAAGGUGGCCAUGUCAGAUUUACCUGUAGUAUUGUGAACUUUGACAAGAGUACUCAGGUAUCAUGGUACUUAGGUAACCGUCAGUUACAUCCAAGCCCCAAGUAUGAGAUUUCCUACAGUAAUGGCUUUGCCAGUAUUUACGUGAAGGACAUUGAAGAAUCUGAUGAUGGUGUCUACAGAUGCAAGGUGGUGAGUGAUGAUGGAGAGGACAGUGCCUAUGGAGAACUCUUUGUAGAAACUCUGAGGAGCAUCAGAGAGCACUACAUGAGCCGCACCAUCAGGAAGCUGAGGAGGAGGGUUGACAAAACUAAACUUCUCCAGAGACCACCUGAGUUCACUUUGCCACUCUACAACCGCACAGCAUAUAUUGGUGAGGAUGUGCGCUUUGGUGUCACCAUCACUGUGCACCCAGAGCCUCAUGUAACCUGGCUUAAAAAUGGAGAACAAAUCAAAGAGGAUGACAGCAAGUACACCUUCACAAGUGACAAGGGCCUGUAUCAACUCAUGAUUCACAACCUUGACAUUGGUGAUGAUGCUGAAUACACAGUCAUGGCCCACAACAGGUUUGGAGAAGACAGCUGCAAGGCUCGUCUCACUGUGAUACCUCAUCCUGUGCUUGAGGAUACAAUGAAGCCCAUGUUCAAACGUCUACUGGCUAAUGUUGAGUGCACAGAGGGAGACAGUGUCCGCUUUGAACUCAGGGUGUCAGGAGUUCCCACUCCUUCUCUUAAAUGGGAAAAAGAUGGCCUUCCUCUACAGUUUGGUCCCAAAGUUGUUGUCAUAGAGCAGGACAUUGAUUAUCAUGUCCUUCACAUCAGGGAGACUCUGCUUGAGGAUGAUGGAGUGUACAAAGUCACAGCAACCAACUCUGCUGGCUGUGCAAGCUGCCAGGCCACUCUGAAAGUGGACCGUCUCACUUACACUAGAAGAGAGUACAAGAGCGAAGAGGAGAAACUCAGACAUGUACAGAAACAAAUAGAGAAGACCAACAAAAUGGCUCAGCACAUUGCAGCUACAGAGGAACUUGUACCUCUAAACCCAACAGCACAGGAGGCCCUCAAAUUUGCUGCAGAGGUCUACAAACCCGCAGUAAGCACCAAGAACAUUGAAGGCGAAUUUGACAUCACAGAGGAGAAGACAGAGACCAAGAAGCUAGAGGAAGAGAGAAGGAUUUUCAUGCCCUAUGAAAUUCCUGAGCCUGUGGUUCAUGAUCCUAAAGCUCUGGAUGAAGACAAAGCCAUUAAGCAGUUUAUACCUCUGUCUGACAUGAAGUGGUAUCGCAAGAUACGAGAUCAGUAUGAGGUAUCAGAGAGAACAGAAAGGAUUGUGCAAAAGAGGCAGAGACGUAUUCGUCUGUCCAGGUGGGAGCAGUUCUACGUGAUGCCUCUCCCCAGAAUCACUGACCAAUACAGACCAAGAUGGCGCAUUCCCAAAUUGACAAUGGAUGAUUUGGAGACUGUUAGACCUGCCCGACGUUCACCAUCUCCUGAGUCUGAAGUCUCUUUUAGAUCCAGAAGGAGGUCUCUGGGAGAUCUCAGUGAUGAAGAGCUGCUGAUGCCUGUGGAUGACUACCUGACAAGGAAGAGAGCUGAGGAGGAAACAAUGAUGCUGGAAGAUGAACUUGAGCUCGGUUUUUCUGCCUCUCCUCCUGGUAGCCCCAUUCGAGUUCAACGACGUGUCGUUGAACAUGAGGAAAGGAGGCAGGGAGUCAGACAUGAGGCCGCUGAGGUUGUAGAGACAAAGAAGAAACGUACUAUUUCUCAGUACACAAGAAGGAGAAGGUCACUGUCUCCUACCUACAUUGAGCUGAUGCGACCAGUCUCAGAGCUAAUCCGACCGCCACAUGCUAGACCUGUGGAAACAGAGGGAGAGAUUGUGGGGAGGAGAUCCCCUACUCCAGAGAGGACCCGUCCUCGUUCUCCCAGUCCUAUUAGGUCAGUGGAGAGGUCUUCCCGCUCCUCCUCUAGGUUUGAGCGUUCGGCACGCUUUGACAUCAUGUCCCGUUAUGAAGCCAGGAAAGCUGCUCUGAAGUCUGAGAGGAAAUACCAGGUUGUGAGUCAAGCACCUUUCAGCCUUGAUCAUGCUCCUCGUGUAACUGUCAGGAUGCGCUCUCAUCGCAUCCCAACUGGUCAGGACACAAAAUUCACCCUGAACAUCCAAGCAAAACCAGACGCUGAAGUUGCAUGGUUCCACAAUGGAGCGGAAAUCUCUGAACAUGGUGAGAAAUACAUCUUCACAAACAUGAGUGGCGUUCUGACCAUCACUAUCCUGGACUGCCAAGAAGAAGACAGCGGAACAUACCGCUGUGUGUGCUCCAAUUCAAAGGGUGAGGCAUCUGACUACGCCACCCUGGAGGUGUCAGGAGGCGGAUAUACUACAUUCUCCUCCCGCCGCAAGGAUGAGGAAGCUCCUAAAGCAUUGGUCCCUGAAGUCACACGCAUUGAUCACUAUCACACUACGCACUUUAAAUCUGGCUAUACCUCUCAAACCUACCUGGAGGUGGAAGAGAGCAAGUCAAAGCUAACAGAAACACGUGAGGUUGUCACACGGGAAAGAAUUGGUACCUCGGCCGAGAGAUUCUCUUCUGGUGAGCGAUUCUCUUCUGCUGAGAGGUAUGACUCAUCUAUCAAGUAUGCCUCCACUGAAUAUCUUUCUUCUAGUUCCUCAUAUUCUUCAGAGAAGUUUUCUUUAACUGGAAAGCAUGCAACUUCUGAAGAUAAACUGAAAACAUCCUCUACUGCUUCUGCUCUUGAGCAACUUUCGUUGCCCAAGGAGAAAUCUUCUCUUCCUGCCAAAAUCCUCACCAAGCCACAGUCUGUGACUGUUGCAGAGGGAGAGACAGCCCGGUUCUCUUGUGACAUCGAUGGGGAACCUGCACCAACUGUGACAUGGAUACACGACAGCAAAACAAUUGUAUCAUCUCUUCGUAUCCAUGUCACCACAACUCAGUACAAGUCCAGCCUAGAGAUUUCAUCUGUGACCAUAUCUGAUGAGGGCAGUUACACUGUGGUCGUCGAGAACUCAGCAGGUAGACAGGAGGCUCAUUUCACUCUGACAAUCCGCAGGCCACCUCCAAAGGAGGAAACCAAAGCUGUCAAAACUACUGAGCCACCUGUGAAGUCACCAGCACCCAGUGUUAAGUCACCUGAGCCCUCAGCUGCAUCCCCUGCUCCUUCCUCAGCACCUAGUAUAAAGUCACCAGAACCAAGUGUAAAGUCACCAGCUGUAGCAUCUCCUGCACCCGAAGUUAAGUCACCCACACCAAGUGUAAAGUCUCCUGAACCAGAGGAAGCAAAAUCUGUUAAGAGCAUCAAAUCUCCGGAGCCAUCAGCACCCUCUCCAGCACGCAGCUUAAAAUCACCAACUCCUGGUGUAAAAUCUCCUGAACCAGAAGGAAUCAAGUCACCACGUGGGCUAAAAUCUCCAGAACCCAGACUAAAGUCACCACCACCAGUCAAAACUCCUGGAGGUGUGAAGUCACCAGAACCUGAAGAGGCAAAAUCUCCCCGUGGUGUUAAAUCACCAGAACCUGCAGGUAUCAAAACACCAAGAGGUCUCAAGUCACCAGAACCCGCAGGAAUCAAAACACCAAGAGGCAUCAAGUCUCCAGAACCUCCAGGUAUCAAAUCGCCAAGGGGAUUGAAGUCACCUGAGCCUGAGGGAAUCAAAUCACCUCCGAGAGUAAAAUCACCUCCUCCAAUUAUGUCCCCCAAGAGGGUCGUGUCUCCUCCCACUGUGAAAUCCCCGACCCCUAAACCUCCCAAAGUCCUCAGCCAGCUAACAGCUGAGGCCUGCGAGGGUUCAGUCAACCUGUCCUGCGUCUGUGAAAGCAGCGUCAGGGAGGUGGUGUGGUACGUUAGCGGCAGGAGGCUUUCACAGAGCAGCCGCUUUGAGAUGCACUACUCUGAAGGAUCCUGCAAUCUUCUGAUCCAUGAGCUGGCAGAGAGUGACCAGGGAGAGUACACCUGUGAGAUGAUUUCAGAUGGAGGCGUGUCCAAAUCCUCCUUCUCCUUCAGUGGUCAGGUGUUUCAGUCCAUAUACAAGAAAGUCACAGCUUACCGAGAGCAGCAAGUGGCGCUUAAAGGGUCAAUGAUGGUUAGUCACCAGGAGUCAUCAAAGGCCUCGUCCAUGAUGACAAAGAAAGAAAUUCACACGAUGGAGGAGUCUUCGGCCUUUUCCUCCUCUGCCCACCAGACAAUGAUGUCAUCCAUGAUGGAGUCCAGCUCCUUCAGCAGCAUGGCAGCUGAGAUGAAGUUUGAGACCAUGUCAAUGUCCAGCAUGUCCUCCAUGACAUCUGAGACGUACGCCAUGAGCUCCAGCAGUCUCACAGAAAUGACAUCCCACAUGGAGGGAACCUCAAUGAGAGCAAUCGGUUCUGCUCCGAGAAUCGAAGCUUUGCCAGAGGACAUCAGCAUCGAACCUGGCAAAGUCCUGACGGUCGCUUGUGCGUUCUCCGGCGACACCAAGCACAUAGAGUGGUCCCGCUCAGGCAAGACGAUCGACUUGUCCACGGGUGGACGAUUCCACAUCGAGACCACGGAGGACCUGACCACCCUCAUCAUCACAGGGGUGAAGGAGGAGGACGCCGGUGCCUACACCCUCAGACUGUCCAAUGAGCUUGGAUCGGACUCAGCAACCGUUCACAUCAGCAUUCGAUCGGUGUAAAAACAAAUAAUCUGAUAUUUCAAAUGUCCCCUUUUCCCUUCUUUCAUGACUUUUUAUUUAUUUAUGAGAAACAGUAGUCUACUUGAUAAGGAUCUGGAAUAUUCUUGUAAAUAGGAACUAUUUUUGUACCAAACCUGACGUUAAUUUAUGCCAAACUAGACUAAAGUCUAAAGUUGUAAAAUGUGCCAUAUUGGAUAACUAUGACUUAGGAUGUUUGAUCCAUUUUUCUUUGACAUGUACAUAAUGUAUAUAGCCGAGUUUACCGGUUAUGGGAAAUGUAUGCAUUGUUAUUUAUGACAAUAAUAUUAACUGAAACUUAAAGAAACUAAAUAUAGUUUAACAGGAGAAAGUUUCCGUUGGAACGAAUACCCUGCUAAACUGGGAAACUAAACUCUGUGCCUCAACGAUAAGUUGAAGUCUUUAAGUUUGCCUCAACAGGUAGAGAGGCUCCCUGUUGAUGUUAUGAACCGGAGACAAAACUUUUGAGCGCGCCGCUGCGAAGGGAGUGGCGCUUUAGUUUGUAACAGGAGCACGAGAUCCUGAGUGCUGUUUGCAUCUACCCUCAUGCAAGCAGGAUGACUGGACCUCGUGCGCCGACUGAUUAUGUCAUACUGCCAUUUCUAUGACAGGCUCACAGUGCGAGCGGCCUGCACUGCUUGAGCCCAAAGUGUUUCUUUUUUGUUUUGUUUUGUGCUCUGCUUCUGGAAAACGACCGUCGACUCAGACUCUUCCGUCGUUCCAUCAACCUGGCCAGAGUCCUGCCGGCGCUCGUUUUCAGAAGCAGAGCUGCCUCUCGGAGGUCUGCAGUGUGCUUGUGUGUUAGUUUGCAGAGGUUCACCCGUCGGUCCACAGGGUGGCGCCAAUGAGACGACCAGCAGCCACAAACAACAGCUAAUGCACGCCGUGUCCUUUGGUGUCAUCCUGCACUUUGUUGGAUUGAAGUUAGUUGUAGCUUUCAGUGUUUUUGCAGCCUCCUUGAGUUUUUCUGCAAUUAUUGAUUUAAUAAAGCAUGAUCAUCAGCACUA